AUGUCCAGCCUUCAACGUCCUGCACCACAGUCACAGACAGUGUCACUCACACUGGAGCAGGUGAAAGGUGAGUUAAAGAUAGGUGCACCAGGGACCAUGUUUAUACAGACUGACUGCCAGUGUGCAUGUGUGUAAGCUGCAUGUUUAUACAGACUGACUGCCAGUGUGCAUGUGUGUAAGCUGCAUGUUUAUACAGACUGACUGCCGGUGUGCAUGUGUGUGUAAGCUGCAUGUUUAUACAGACUGACUGCCGGUGUGCAUGUGUGUAAGCUGCAUGUUUAUACAGACUGACUGCCAGUGUGCAUGUGUGUGUAAGCUGCAUGUUUAUACAGACUGACUGCCGGUGGCUAUGGAAUUUCUAGCCUACAGUAGCUGAAUCAUUAUAGGUUACCAAUGCCUCUCUGUAGGUUAAUAUAUAGAUAGCCAUAGUUGCAGAUUUAGCUGCAAAGGAUGGGUCAGUCAGUUGCCUUGAAGACGAAAAGGUGCUGUAAUCAACAAUUUGUGUGUGUAAGUUUUCAUUUUCCAAUACUGUUUUCCCUUAUUUCUGUGUAUUGUCCAGGGAGCUGUAAGCUAAUUGACAACUAUUGGCAAGGGCUAUACAAAAUAUUCAAACAUGCAUAUUUAUUAUAAAAAAACAAAACAAAAAACAGAGUCAUAGUCACAGCAGAACGUGUCCGAGAAGCAUAGUAGUCAUAGUGAACUCUAUAGAAAGCAGGCAGUGAUGGCUGUUUGCUGUUUGUUAGUCUACAAUAAUUUAUUUAAAAAACAAAAACAAAACAGAAACACAAGAAAGGGCUGCGCCUAAGAUAUACACAAAAUAUAUUAAACACUAUAAAAAUAAUAAAAUAGUCCCAAGUCAAGGGGAAAGUUCUUGUCUGGAAGAGUAUGUAGGUUUCAGAGGUCCUUGGUAUAAUCCGUUACAUACCAUAACAAGACAAAAAGAGCAAAACUCCAAUAGUGCAAGAUGUCAACUCAAACAGAGUGGAUGUUGUAAAAUUAGGAUGGGUUACUCACAUUUAGUGGAGCUAUAGUCUGCUCCAGUGUGUAGAGAGUAUAAUGGUAUAGUCCCCACUUACAUGAUAUGAUGUAGGUAGGUGUUCACAAUGGGAAAGGUGCCAAAAACCCGGAAGAGAAUAAAAAAGCAACAAAUAGUGCUCUCUGUAGCAUAAAAAACAGCUUAAAAUAAAAAUAAUUUAUACUCACAAAGGUAGGGCAGACCAACUGCUCUAUGAAUUAGACUCUGGUGGUAUGAUCCCCACCUAUGAUACUGUCGAGUGGAUAGAAAAUGCCAGGAGCUUUUAAAUAAAUAAAAUGUAAUUGGUACAGUUCACAAGUAAAGUGACCAAAAAUCCUUCAUUAAAUAAAAAACAAAAUAGUAACAUCCACAACGCGUUUCACCAAUAAAGCUUUAUCAAAUGGAACUUUUUUCCCCCUAGUAUUUUGUUUUUUUAUCCAUUUGCUAUCUGUACAAUGCAUUUUGUAUGUUUUUUUGUUCUGUAGUGUUGCCGUAUGUUAACGUCCAAUCUGUGUAGCUUGAAGCUGUUUGGGUCCUGUGUUCAGCCAUACCCUUGACUUGUUAUCACAGUAAAACAGACAAUAAUGUUGCGUUUUUUAAGAUGUCAACUUGACAACAUAUACCUAUUCAUACUGUCGGGCUCCCCCUCAUUGCCCAUCUAGAGAUGGUAAUAAAAGACCUUCAUGAUUUCUUGGACACAUAUUACGUCUUCAUGCUGAUGGGCAGUAUUUGAGAAGUACUGCUCUGUGCUAUAUAUCAUUCAUAGUUUACGUAUGAUUAAGUUUUUUGAAGGAGCUACUCUGGUGUACCACCCAUCAACAUGAAGACGUGAACAUUGUCCAGGAAACAGGGUGGUGGAUAAGCCAUAUGCCGAGCUCAUGCUGAGCAGGUGACAGCAGUGAGAGUUUAGUGAAUAAAGCGUUCUGUUUUUAGAACUUUUACUACAGUCAUUCUAGGGAAGUGAGGCAACUAUGGGCAAAUCAUUACUCUGAUAAAUGAGUUACUAUGUGAUGCUCUUCCCCUUUUCCUUCAAUAGCAUAUUUUAUCUAAUGUUGUAGACAUGGGCGUGCGCAGCCUAUUGCAUUAGGGUGUGCACCCUAAAGCACAAGCACACGCCGCGUAUAUAUAUAUAUAUGUAUGUAUAUAUAUAUAUAUAUAUAUAUAUAUAUAUACACACACAUACACACACUGCUGUGUGUGUGUGUGUGUGCCUUGUGAGGGUGCUGUUAGUGCGAUGUGUGUGUGACGGUGCUGGUAGUGUGCUAUGUGGGUGAGGGUGUUUGUGUGUGCGUGCUUGUGAGGAUGCUGUUAAUGUACUGUGUGUGAGGGUGCUGUUUGUGUGUGUGUGUGUGUGCGCUUGUGAGGGUGCUGUUAAUUAACUGUGUGUGAGGGUGCUGUUUGUGUGUGAGGGUACUGGUAGUGUGCUGUGUGUGUGUUUGUUAGGGUCCUGUUGUGAGGGUACUGUUAGUGUGCUGUGUGUGUGUGUGAGGGUGCUGUAUGUGUGUUGGUGCUGUGGGUGCGGUGUAUGUGGGUGCUGUAUGUGUGUGGGUGCUGUAUGUCUGUGGGUGCUGAAUGUGUGUGGGUGCUGUAUGUGUGUGGGUGCUGUGUAUGUCUGUGGGUGCUGUAUGUCUGUGGGUGCUGUAUGUAUGUGGGUGCUGUAUGUCUGUGGUGCUGUAUGUGUGUGGGUGCUGUAUGUGUGUGGGUGCUGUAUGUGUGUGGGUGCUGUGUAUGUCUGUGUGUGCUGUGUGUGUGCUGUAUGUGUGGGUGUUGUAUGUCUGUGUGUGCUGUGUGUGUGCUGUAUGUGGGUGGGUGAUUGUGGGGGUGGAGGUGGGGGUACAUUAAUUGCUAUCCCCCCUCCCUUCUUACCUUUUGUAGGGAGGGGGGAUCGUGCUGCUGAUUCCAUCCCUGGUGGUACAGUGGAGAGUUAACUCUAGCCCCCUGUGGGGCUAGAGUUCACUCUCGCGAGAUUUGAGCGUUGCCAUGGCAACGCUUAUAUCUCGCGAGAGGAACCCGGCGGAGCUGCCGGCAAUAGCUCCGCUGGGUCCUCUCUUGCCUCCCUCCCUGCAUGUGGGUCAGUGGGGAGGGAGGCUGAGAGCAGAGCCGGCGCUCUGAUAGCGCCGGCUCUGCAUGAGCCGACAGGGGAGAUCCUGAGAUCUCCCCUGCCGGUCUCAAUAUGCAUAGGCGUGCCGCGGGGAUUAGGGUGUGCCCAGGCACACCCGGCACACCCCGUGCGCACACCUAUGGUUGUAGAAAGUUUUAUUUUAAACCCGCGUUUCUCAAACCAGUCCUCAAGACCCACCAACAGUCCAGGUUUUGUUAGUAUCUCCAUUGGUAUAAAACAGGGAAAUACAAAAAUCCUGGACUGUUGGCGGGCCAUGAGGACUGGGUUGAGAACCACUGUUUUAAAAUACGUAUUUUUGUUCAAUAUAUUCUAUUUCUGUUUCUUUGUUAUGACUAAAGUUUUAUUUAUUUACUAGUAUUUUUCAGGUUUUUUUUUUUUUUUGUUUAAGAUUGUGGCAUUUGAAAGUCCAACUCUUGCAUUAUUAGUGAUUUCAACAUGUUUUCCAGUAUUUCUCCAUUUCUUUGUGAUUGUGAAACUGACUGCUUCUAGACAGAGAGAAUUUGUUCUGGAGUGAAAGCUGCCUUUCGUGUAAAAACUUUAUUUAUUUUUAGCAUUUCAGAAAGAUUUUAUAAUUUUAUUCAAAAACAAUAACUGUCAAAUUCGAACAGUUUGACCCAAUGUGUAUGUAAAUGGAUGAAGGAAUCUGUCAUAUACUAAAGGUAAGGAUGCGUUUUUCAAUUUUCUUUCUUUUUUUCUUCUUUUUUUUUUAACAUAUACUUCAUUUAAAAAAACAACAAUUUCCUUUCAAAACUUGAGAAAUGGAUUCUUAUAUUAAUAGAACACUAUAGUCACCUAAAUUACUUUAGCUAAAUAAAGCAGUUUUAGUGUAUAGAUCAUUCCCCUGCAAUUUCACUGCUCAAUUCACUGUCAUUUAGGAGUUAAAUCACUUUGUUUCUGUUUAUGCAGCCCUAGCCACAACUCCCCUGGCUAUGAUUGACAAAGCCUGCAUGAAAAAAAAAACUGGUUUCACUUUCAAACAGAUGUAAUUUUCCUUAAAUAAUUGUAUCUCAAUCUCUAAAUUGAACUUUAAUCACAUACAGGAGGCUCUUGCAGGGUCUAGCAAGCUAUUAACAUAGCAGGGGAUAAGAAAAUCUUAAUUAAACAGAACUUGCAAUAAAGAAAGCCUAAAUAGGGCUCUCUUUACAGGAAGUGUUUAUGGAAGUCUGUGCAAGUCACAUGCAGGGAGGUGUGACUAGGGUUCAUAAACAAAGGGAUUUAACUCCUAACUGGCAGAGGAUUGAGCAGUGAGGCUGCAGGGGUAUGUUCUAUACACCAAAACUGCAUCAUUAAGCUAAAGUUGUUCGGGUGACUAUAGUGUCCCUUUAAAAGAUAGUUAUGAGUUAUCACCUGUCCUUUAUCCCCUUAAGGACACAUGACAUGUGUGAUAUGUCAUGAUUCCAUUUUAUUCCGGAAGUUUGGUCCUUAAGGGGUUAAAUAGCUAGGGUUUUUAGUCUUUUGGUGGCUUGAGGCUUCCACGCUUGGCUCCAUGUUCUCUCCCACGCUCUUACAUGUCUGAUCUUAUUAACAGAGGCGUUGGGGGAAGUCCUAGAUGCUUUACAGUCCCCAGCAGGCAGUGCCCGUCUAGAGGAAGCACGAGAAAGCUCUGGGAAUGAUCUGGGAAAGGUUCUUCAGCUACUACUGCCAACGGCUGUACAAAUUCAACAAGAUGUCCUGCAGAACUAUGGAUUCAGCCCUGAUGGGGAGGGUAAGUAAAUGAAGUGAAUGAGUUAGGGGUAACAUGGGCUGAGUGCCUUGAGGGGUAAGGAGUAAGUUUAAAGAUGAGUGUAUGGGAAGAAAAGGUUAAGGGUAAUAUGUGUAAGAAAGGGUUAAUGUAGUGGACAAAUGGGUAAAUCCCCAUCUGUUGCAGAAAAACCAUCCCUAAGGAAUCACAAAGCGUUGUUGGAGAUGUGACUUUUACCCUCCUCUAGGGUAUGUGUGAGAUUAUGCAUGAGUGAAUGUAGGGAAUAGGAUAGAGAGGAUAUAGGUUGAAAGGGUAAGAUUGGAAUACUGGGUAAAAUAUAGGGGGCUGGAUAUCUUAAAAUAUGUUAGGGGUGUAGUGCAACAUGAGUGAAUGGGAUUGAUUGGAUGAAAGGUGACUGAAUGGGGAAGAAAAUUCUAAGAUGGGUUGAAGGGUAAGUGUCUGAGGUAGAUUGGGCUAGAGGUAGGUUGAAAGGUAAGCGUAUGGAGGUAAAAGGGUGUGGAGUGGGUUGAAGGGUGAGUUGAUGAUGGUGAGUGAGAAUAGGCUAUGGGUGGGUAGAUGAGGGAGUCUUUUGGGAUGGCACAAAGGGGUCAGAAUGUGAAUGGCUACGAGGUGUAUUUGAGGGAACUAAAAAGGGUAAACAUUGCAAUGUUUUCUCACCAUCUGUAGGUGUUCUCAGGUUUGCUCGCCUUGUGAAGUCCUUUGAGUCUCAGGACCCCGAGAUUGCAGCCAUGUCCAACAAGCUGAAAUCCUUCUUUCUGCCACCAUUACCCCUUCCUCCACAUGCCGGGCAUCCAGUCCCAUCAUCCUGAACUCCGGAUUAGCAAAGUAUCUUCAAACUAGACUUUUUUUCUCCAUUCCUGAGUCCCCAGCUGUUUCAAACCCUUCCCAGUCGUUUAAGUGUUAAUAUCUGUCCUAUUAUUAAAUGUUUCUAUUUAUCUUCUGUACAGAAUUGCAUCUGUCCUUAUAACCCUGAUUCCAAACCGCCUUCGCAAAAUCAAGGUUUGUUUUAUACUGGGCAGGUUUGGAUUGAUAUAGUAUGGUGCAAUAAAAAAAAAAAAAGCUGAAGUCUGUAUAUUGGUCUCACAUACGAUGCAGGGAAAGGAUGUGAUUGUUAUAUUAACUUCAGCAGGGUCCUAUAUUAUGUAGCAUGAGACUCUAUGCUCCAGAAAGUUCAUGAAAGUGGCAGUUCGGAGGUUAAUUCCGCAUUAGCAAACUCUCCUAGUGGCAGUGUAAGGACUGUGUUACUGAACAUUGUUGAAAGGUAUGUUUCAUAAUCCUAUUGAUUGUGCAGUGUCUGUUUGAGGCCAUCAUUACUUUUUUCUUUGGUAAUGACAGUGUGUGAGCUAAUGCUCUGUAAUGGGGUGGGCUGUAAUAUUUCACUUGCCUCUAAUGGUUGAGCUUAGCUGUACAAAAUUUCAUUUCCAAAAAGUGGAAUAUUCAAUAGCACAUUAGUGCGCUUUUAUUAACUGCUGGAUAGCCACUAGGGGGCUCUAUUGGGUUUUUAAAUUAUAUCAUGCAUCAAUUACUCAAACUCAUUACUCUAACUGGAACCCCUUGGUUAGCACAUAGAUUUCUUUCCUGCAGCAAAUUUAUGAUUCUUGAGGGAGCAUUCUUCAUGCACUGUCCAUCAGUAUGUAGAUGUGAUGGCAGAUUUGAUAGUCCUAGUUUUUCCAGUGAUUAGGACAUUGCUACUUACCAUCUAUUGGUAGCUGUCUACAGAAGGAUGUGCUUGUCUCUUGGUUUUACUUGUAAAUGCAAAUCACAGUUUCACAACAGUGAAGACUGUUCAUUUUCUUCACUUCCUAAUACGUGGUUUCCUCAGGAUUGUCCAAAAAACACGCUGGAAUACGUCAAUGCUGACUUGACUGUUCAUAAUUUAGAGAGACGUUGGGCAAGAACUACAGAAGUAGCAGUAAUAGAAUAAUUGGGACUAUCGCCAUGGAAACCAGGCCAAUGUUACUCAAAUUGUAGAAUGAUGCACAUUUUAUUCUAUUGGAAAGACUCCUGUAAAUCUUAUUGUAUCUUCUUAUACAGAACUGAUUUGUUAAAGGGGCCAGGAGUGCCCAGCAGGCCUCAGGUAAGGUGUCAUACCUUACACAAACAAUCUUACUACUUACAGUAGGAAGCGCCAAGGCACUACGGACAUCAUAACCACUACAGCACACUGUAGAGGUUAUGGUGCUGGGAAUGUUACUUUUACAGAUAAAAUGUAUCGGCGUCGGUUUUCCAGCUCACUCAGUUUUGCAGGUUGUACAUUGUGCGGGAUCAUUAAUAUGGCUACAUGGUAUCGUGAAUUUCCACUCGUUGCUCUGUGCACUGCUUAUUUUUCAUUGUUUAUAUGCUGGUCUAUUUAUUACACACACUGCAUAGUUUACUCACCUGACUACGUUUAUUGUACUGUCUGUAUUAAGCAUAUUGUAUAUCCCACAUUUUACAUGCACUGUGCACAUUCCACUCUCUGUUCUGUGUGUUGCAUUGCAUGUUCUACUGUCCAAUUUUUUUGGCUUUACUCAAUGACACAUCGCAAACACCCACUAAGAUAUACACUUUCAUUGCAUAUGCACCCAAAACACACACACAUUCAAUGCAGAUAAUGUACAAGUGGUGGUGGCAGCAUGAUUGUUAAAUGGUCAUUCCAUAAUAGGUCCCCCCCCCCUUAUUGUAAUUUAGGGCUCCCACCUGCAGCUCAUUGGUUGGGGGCGGACAAUAGGUCUCUCCCUCCCCUCCCCCUCCAUUGACAUUUAGGGCCCCCAUCCGCCGCUUGGGGGAUGGGGGGGGCUUCAUCUACCCACACAAAGAUUGCGGCGCCAGGGACCUAAGUCCGGGGGGGGGGGUGAGGAAGGGGAUGGAUGCAGCCAUGACAGUGCCACUUUAAUUUAAUUUUAAAAAGUGUCAAUUUCUAUGAAAAUACGCACUUUUUGCAAAAUGAAAAGAAGAGGACACACUCUUCACACAUAAAGCUGAAAUGCUUAAGGGAUCUGGAGAGUCCCUUUAGCCCUGCAUACUUUGUGAGUUAACCUGGUGCUUAGUCGGUAUGUUGUUCGACAAGGUGAGUCUCGGGUGGCUCAGUUUACCUAUAGCAUCCCUAAUUUGGGGAAUUUCCUAGUGGAGGAGGAGGAAACGUGUCCUUAUUAAUAAAAUGUUUGCAGUAAAAUGUACAAAAGCAGUAACGAAAUGCCUGGGAGUAGAAUAAAAAAAACAAAAAAAAAUUACUAUGUGUAUAUCUUUUUGGUGUUUUACACACUCUCUCUGCUUUUUGUAUUACAUACUCUAAUACUCUUAUCUGUCUCCCUCUGUAUUACACACUAUCGACAUUGUUUAUUAUUAUUUUAUUGCUGAUAGAGCGCCAGCAAAUUCCAUAGCGCUGUACAAUAUUUACUAAAGGUGCCACUAAAGUGAGAAUUGUCAAAUUCAAAGUGAAUUUCUAAUUUAAGACGAAUAUAGCCAAAUGUGAAGCACUUCUCACUUUAUUAAAAAACCCAGUUUGUGAUCAGUGGCCCUCUGGGAAGUGUUACAAUUAUCAGCAGAAAAUAAUCACAAGUCAAUAAAUGUUAAAGGUUUUACUAUUAAAAAAAUGAUUAAGACAAGCAUGGAAACAUGCCCUACGUAUAUCCCAGCCUCCCCUCUGUAUAUCGCACUUUCUGCUAUCUGUUUUGCACACUGUAUAUCCGACUCUCUGCUCUGUGUAUCCCAGCCUCCCCUCUGUAUAUUGCACAUUCUGCUAUGUGUUUUGCACACUGUAUAUCCGACUCUCUGCUCUGUGUAUCCCAGCCUCCCCUCUGUAUAUUGCACAUUCUGCUAUCUGUUUUGCAAACUGUAUAUGUGUAUCCCAGCCUCCCCUCUGUAUAUUGCACAUUCUGCUAUCUGCUUUGCACACUGUAUAUCCGACUCUGCUCUGUGUAUCGCCGCCUCCCCUCUGUAUAUUGCACAUUCUGCUAUCUGUUUUGCACACUGUAUAUCCUACUCUCUUCUCUGUGUAUCCCAGCCUCCCCUCUGUUUAUUGCACUUUCUGCUAUCUGUUUUGCACACUGUAUAUCUGACUCUGCUCUGUGUAUCCCAGCCUCCCCUCUGUAUAUUGCACAUUCUGCUAUCUGUUUUGCACACUGUAUAUCUGACUCUCUGCUCUGUGUAUCCCAGCCUCCCCUCUGUUUAUUGCACAUUCUGCUAUUUGUUUUGCACACUGUAUAUCUGACUCUGCUCUGUGUAUCCCAGCCUCCCCUCUGUGUAUUGCACAUUCUGCUAUCUGUUUGGCACACUAUAUAUCUGACUCUUCUCUGUGUAUACCAGCCUCCCCUCUGUAUAUUGCACGUUCUGCUAUCUGUUUUGCGCACUGUAUAUCUGACUCUGCUCUGUGUAUCCCCGCUUCCCCUCUGUGUAUUGCACAUUCUGCUAUCUGUUUGGAACACUGUAUAUCUGACUCUUCUCUGUGUAUACCAGCCUCCCCUCUGUAUAUUGCACAUUCUGCUGUUUUGCACACUGUAUAUCCGACUCUGUGCUCUGUAUAUCCCAGCCUCCCCUCUGUAUAUUGCACAUUCUGCUAUCUGUUUUGCACACUGUAUAUCCGACUCUGUGCUCUGUAUAUCCCAGCCUCCCCUCUGUCUACUGCACAUUCUGCUAUCUGUUUUGCACACUGUAUAUCUGACUCUCUGAUCUGUGUAUGCCAGUCCCUUCUCUGUGUAUUUAUGGGGGUGGCAGUGCAGUCAUGUUUUGUAUACUGUUCCCCUGGGGGAGUCUGGCACAUUUAGGGUGUGGCCAACAAUUCUUGCUAGAUUUAUGUUUAAAAAAAAUGUCUGUACCCUAGAUUCACUUUGUUGUUUAAUUGCCUUGGGCCCUAAUAGACAUUUUCCACACUCUGAAUGCUUUAAAUCUUAUACAUAUAGAGGGAUGCUCACUAAAUUGUGCAGUCCGGACAAGUGGAUGUUUUAGGCUAAAAAUGACCAUGCUGCUAAAAUAGCUCAGUUCUGCACUUUGUCUCCCUGCUAAAUGUGUGUAUUUCACUGCAUUCUGUCUGUGUGCGCCUAUAUCCCUUCAUUCUGUCUGUGUGCGCGUAUAUCCCUUCAUUCUGUCUGUGUGCGCGUAUAUCCCUUCAUUCUGUCUGUGUGCGCGUAUAUCCCUUCAUUCUGUCUGUGUGCGCGUAUAUCCCUUCAUUCUGUCUGUGUGCGCGUAUAUCCCUUCAUUCUGUCUGUGUGCGCGUAUAUCCCUUCAUUCUGUCUGUGUGCGCGUAUAUCCCUUCAUUCUGUCUGUGUGCGCGUAUAUCCCUUCAUUCUGUCUGUGUGCGCGUAUAUCCCUUCAUUCUGUCUGUGUGCGCGUAUAUCCCUUCAUUCUGUCUGUGUGCGCGUAUAUCCCUUCAUUCUGUCUGUGUGCGCGUAUAUCCCUUCAUUCUGUCUGUGUGCGCGUAUAUCCCUGCAUUGUGUCUGUGUGCGCGUAUAUCCCUGCAUUGUGUCUGUGUGCGCGUAUAUCCCUGCAUUGUGUCUGUGUCCGCGUAUAUCCCUGCAUUGUGUCUGUCGGCGCGCGUAUAUCCCUGCAUUGUGUCUGUCGGCGCGCGUAUAUCCCUGCAUUGUGUCUGUCGGCGCGCAUAUAUCCCUGCAUUGUGUCUGUCGGUGCGCAUAUAUCCCUGCAUUCUGUCUGUCGGCGCGCAUAUAUCCCUGCAUUCUGUCUGUCUGCGCGUAUAUCCCUGCAUUCUGUCUGUCUGCGCGCAUAUAUCCCUGCAUUCUGUGUGUGCGCGCGCAUAUAUCCCUGCAUUCUGUGUGUGCAUAUUCCUGCAUUCUGUUUGUGAAUGUGUGUAUGUAUCUCUGCACUAUUUGGGGGGAGGGAGGUGCAUGUAUAUUCCUAUACUCUGUUCUCUAGGAUUAAUUCAGUAAAUUAUGAAUUGGAAAGCCGAUUUGUGAAAUUUGGGUUAAAAUAGCCAUGCUCUCACUGUACCUGAGUAGGUUAGAUUCAGAUCGGAUAAUUUUGCCUGCAUUUACCAGCUGGUUUUCACUUAUCUACAAUGCACUGUUUAAUGAACAAAUCCUCAUUCUCUAGCUAUUGUGCGUAUGUCUCUGUACUGUGUUCUCCACCCUGCAGUGUCUAUACUGUGUGUGUUUUUUUUAUCUUUGCUCUGUGCUCUCUCCAGAGCCCAGCCUAUUGUGUGUUUGUCCUGCAUUGUAUUUCUCAGCCUGCUGGGGUUUAUUCAGUAAACACCAAAUUUCAGUGAGUUAAAAACUGAAUCUCCAAAUUCAGGCAAAAAUAGUCAAGCUGCGACUGCAGCAAAUUUCAAGAUUUUUGGAACGCAGUUUUCAAAAGAAUAUAGUUUGUGGUUUAUUGAAUAAAUCUUUCAGGGUUAUUUACUAAACUGAGAAUUCAAAGUGAAUUUUAAAAUUUUCAAAAAAGCUAUACUGGAAAGCUUCUCUGCCCAUAAAUUUGAAAUUCACUUUGAAUGCUGAGCUUAGUAAAUAUGCACUGUAUAUGUGUGCAUCCCUGUAAUAUGUCCCCCCAGACAUCUGUGUAUUCAACCCUGUGGUGUAUGAAUGCUUAACUCUGCGUUGUGUUCCGCUGCAUUCUGCAAGGUUAUGGCCUCGCAUUGUGUGUUUAACUUGAACUGCGUUUCCCAGAUCGUUUGUUGCUACAUUGUGUUCCCAACCUAUUGCGUGCAACAUUGCGCUGUGUUCUACAGCUGGCUCUGUGCAUGUGUGGCCAUGCAAUUAGGGAUUUGACAGACAAUUGUAGUUCUAUAGAUUUCUGUUUUAGUUGAUUUAAAAAAUGACAACAUGUGGUAUGAAAGACAAUAUGCAGAUAAUUGAUCUAUGUCAUUAUAUUACUAUGUUUUACAAAUACAAUAGGGUUUGUGAUUGUGAAAUAUUUGAUUGGACAGAAGCUGAUAUUUAUUUAGUCACGUGUUGGAUUACAUUUUAAAGGUAGUAACAGUCGGUUGUCUACUCUAAUAAUCCUAGUGUAGAAAUCUGAGCAUAGACCAGCGAUCUAGGGGACUAAAUGUAUAUAAAAUUAUUUGAUUUUUAUUAGGGGGUGUAUACAUUUAAGUAGUAUACCACUCUAAUGUUGGAAUACAUCUUUGUCCCUUUAAUAUCCUGCUUUGCCUCCUCCUGGAUUAUCCUUGCAGGAUUAAAAAAAGGUCAGUGCAGAGCUGUGCUCAUUGGCUGUGAGUAAGGCCGUAUAUCGGUCUUGCUUAGCUCAGUGAAGACAUCUGGUGCCUGGGGGUUUGACAAAUUAUUCUGAGUGAGUGGCAGUAGUGGUUAUGAUGCUUGGAGUGUUCAUUUAUGGAUAAAUAAUAACUUCUCGCCGUGGCUGUCCGAGCAUCUGCUUAGACGGAUUUCAGUGGAGCUCCACAUCUACUCAGCGUUAAAGCCGACUUUAUUACAGUCACAAGCUCCACAGAGACCUUUGCACAAUCUCACCCCCCCCCUUAAGAAGACAUUAUGGGGCACAAGCACCGAAAGUUUAAUCCGCCUGGUCUUCCCAAAUUGCCAGAUAUGUCUACACUGCCAGCACCUCCCAAGAUGACUAAUGCUACAAGGUCUGUGGAGGAGGCCUCAAAGUAGUCCCUGGAGGAUAAGGAGUUAUUUACCUCUCCCCGGCAGAGUAAAGUUUAUCAGUAGGCAUAUAAAAAAAGCUGCCCCUGACAGGCCAAAGCAGUGCGACUGGACGGCAUGUUCCGAGUGCUGAAACCGAUGACAGCACUGACUGCAGCACAUUUGGACCUAAUAAUCCGUGCAGCUGCACGGGGGAAGACUCCUCUAUCAUUUGAGGGUGCCAGAAGCACCAUAGGGUGGCGUAAGACCCUGCAACCGCUCUUACAACUGCUCAGCAAUAAGAGCAUCCAAUGCAGAUGGGGGACCCCAAAUCUGAUUUCAUUCACACAUCAGGGAACGACAUACCGAGCUCCGACUUACUAGGAACUGGACCCACACCUAUGUGCAGCGGGCCUGAUCUCAACUCCACGCGUAGAGGGGACAAACCUCUCCCGACUGAACCCUUCUACAGUGGUCGAGUUCACUCCACGGCAUCCAGGCGAUUACCACCUCCACGAGAGGAGACCUGAGUGGCUAUAACAGAGAGGAAUAUCUGAAGUACCAAGGGACUGCCAAGACUGCAACUCCCCCACCCCCCCCAGAAGUAGCUUGAAGCUAAUAAUGCUCUGCUCUGUUCCUUUACGAUUUCUUCAUUGUUUAUAGAUGAUCUCUUUUCUGUUUCCUUAUUAUUAUUGCCAUUUAUAUAGCGCCAACAGAUUCUGUAGCGCUUUACAAUAUUAUGAGAGAGGGGAUUUAACUAUAAAUAGGAAAAUUACAAGAAAAUUUACUGAAACGAUAGGUUGAAGAGGACCUUGCUAAAACGAGUUUACAGUCUGUAGGAUUAUAUAUUUUCUGUUCUCUGAUGAUCGUAUGGGUCCCAUAGACCUAAUUAACAUUUACUCAGUACACCCUCAUGUACCUUGGACUUACCAUCCUAUUUCUUGGUAUACAGCACUCUAUUUAUACCUGUUCAUCCCCCUCCCCCACUGACACCAGAUGGCAUAUUUCAUUACACACGUAGCAUCAGGUGUGUGGUGACUCCCUGCUGGGGACUAAUAUACCCUACUGAGUACCUAAACCCUAUGUUGUACCUUUCAUUUCUGUCAAGGGACCUAUUAGCUGAACUAUUACUGUCUACCGUGUACCUUAUAUCAAACACGUUACACAAGCUUUCCUUAUAUGACUCCUUGAUUUAAUACCACAAUUUACAUGUCUAUUUCUCAUCCCAGCUAUGGCACUCCCUCUAACUUAAUCUGCAUCUAGACAUGACUGGCACACACAAUGAAACUACUACUGUAUCUUUUUUUUUUUUUUUUUUUUUUUUUUUUUUUUUUUUUUUUUUUUUUUUUAAUUCUUUAUUUUUCGUGCAUAGGUUAGGUAAGUAACAGUUUUCUAGCGAUGCCACAACAACUAUCGCCAGGAGUUUGGUAGACAUAUAAAUACAUUUGUAUGGCAGGAAUAACUUGCACAUUUUUAUAUUUGUAUGAGCAGGGUGGUUAAUGGUCUAGCACUGUGCCAACGGGCGUGUGAGAGAUUAUGUUCGGAAGGGGACCUUCAGGUUAGGGAGCAAGGGCUAGUGUGCGUAAUGGCCACCAUGCGAGAUUCCUGUUAAGUAUAGACUUGCGUCUGGGUAUUAUCUGACUGGUCGAUAUGAUAGUGCCUGUCUAAGCCACGGGUAGGCUUUGCUUUAAAAUUCACACUGCCUAGUCGCCUUUUAUCUUAGGUGUAUGUGUCCAUUGGUUCUCACAGACUGGGAUUAAACUAUGCUUCUGGAGUAAAUUUGGCUAAUGCUGUCAGUUCAGAUUGACCCUCCAAGUGGACACCUGUAUGGAGAUCGGUACCUACGGCUUUCUAACCGUAUUUGGCCAUUUGGAGAGUAGUUCGCCAACCAUCCAGUCCACUCCCCCUUCGAGCAAUCCCAUGAGUACAAUUUUGUUUGCAAAUGGGUGGAGGUAGGACAGGAAAGCUGCCAGCUGUUGACCCCUCCAAAUCACCUAGGCCACCCUAUCCAGGUUGUGAACUGUGUACCCCAGAUUUAUUAUGCAUAAUGCUUAAAACCUUUUUUAUUGUUAGAUUCAGAAUGCUAAGUCUAUCUGUGUUGUUACCUAGUGGUCUGUGGUGUUAGUCGGGUAGUCGUGAGAGUAUCUUGUCAGGAGGCCUUGUCCUUGGUCCGUACGAGUUACUCUCGAGGGGUAUUAACCCUAACCUAGGGGCUGUCGGGGGGGGAGUUGUGUUCUGUCUGGUAGUGCAUAUUACUUUAGUGCACUGGUGUGCCAGCGCCAACUCUGAUAGGCUUUCAGCGCGUCAUAUGGGUUCUUAGAGCGUCAUAGUGACUAGUAAGAUAUCAACAUAGCUUAAGUGGCAGAGGAUGAAAAGGAAUAGGAGAAAAAACUUUUAAAGAAAAGAAAAUUAGCAAUUUUUAGCCCUUGAGCGGGGCGGGGUAGGAGACUUCUCCCCCCACUCCCGUCAUGUGGCGUGAGUGUCCAUUCUCCGCGUCCUCGGGAUAAACGGCUCGAUCGUCCCCGGGUCCCAGGCCGGGGUGGUGUUCUGGGUGUUCUUGGAUGGCAGACCCAGCUUUGGUAGUAGUGCGGCAGCGUCGGGACCUGUAGCAAUUCUGUACGUGUUUCCUUGAUGUGUGACCAGGAGGUGGCGUGGGUUUCCCCACCGAUAUGGUAUGCCCGCGGAGCGUAACUGGCUGGUGAAGUCGCUAAGGGUCUUUCGCCAUUGGAGAGUGGCUCUGGUUAAGUCCUGGAAAAAAGUCAAUUGAGACUCCUCGAAGUUGAGUGGCGUCUUGCCCUUGAGUGCCGACAUUAUGUGUCCCCUAUCUUGGGGAAGGGUGCAGCGGACUAUGACGUCUCCUGCAAGGGGAGUAGAUGCUUUUGUCGGUAUAUGCCGGCAAGGGUGAGUUUCCUUGCCACCGCAGGGGGAAGUAUAGCUUGCGUGAGCUGUCUCACAUAGUGAGGUAGGUCCUCUUUGGAGACUGUGCCAGGGAUUCCUCGGAUUUUAAUGUUGUUGCGUCUGUGUUUGUCUUCUUGGGCUGCUAGUUGUACCUCUAAGUUUUGUUGAUUGUGUUGUAGUUGUAAGAGGGAGUCUUGCAGCGAGGUGAUUUCUCUUUGAAUCCCCUGCACUUCUCUCUCAGUGUGCACUACCUUUUCAGUGAUUUGUUGCAUGCUGGUUUUAAGGGUAGGUAGAUCUGCAGCUAGUAGGCUUUGUAUUUCCUGCAGCAUGUUUUGCAUAUGCUGUAGGUCCUGUUUGGUGGCUGGUUCGGUGGUACCCUGCUGGGGUGUGGGUUGUAGCCAUGUAACCCCAUGAGUGCUUUGCUCCCCUGAGGCAGAGUCUUGUGGGGAGUCAGGGCCUUGUGCGGCCGCCAUUUUGGCGGGUGUUUGUCUCUGAAGCAUAAUGCCUAUAUCAGGCUGAUCUAUACCUGGUGGUGGUUUCUGGAAUCUGCGCCCCAUCCCUGAGGUUCCUUGGUCGGAGCUGUGCCGAGAUGUGUCCCACGCGUCCUCCAGGAAGUCCCCGCCUGAUAGGUAAUCCAGGCCGUGGUGGGCUGAUGGGAGGUAGGCCCGGGCUCGUAGUUUAGGCUUUGCCUGCUUCGGGGUGUACCUGAAGGGAAUCGAUCGAUUCCGGGGGAUCUCCCCCGUAUUAUGCCGGUGGUCGUGUGGCUGGAUGGCAGGUUUGUGGGCUGAUUUUCGCCAGAUUAGGUCCGUGGAUGUCGGAGCCCACAGAAAUGGCGUCUGGCCCGUCUCGCUUCCAGGCUCCGCCCCUACUACUGUAUCUUUUAAAAUGAAAACUGUGCUUUUGUUACCUUUGCCAUACCAAUGUUUAUAUUUGUUUAUUAAUAUGCCUAUACCUGCUUUUGUGGCAUUGUUUACACAACAAAAAUUAGAAAAAGAAUUAUAUAUAAAAAAUAAAAUAAGGAAGCUGCUCCUGGAUUUGUGCGGAAGGCCGAGCUCCAGAAAGCCCAAAAGGAGAUGGGAGCUAUCCAACAGAAGAUCAAAGAAUGGAGGAGAGAGAGAAAAGCUCAGGACAACCAUCUACAGACCACUAAGACCCACCUGGAGGGACUUGCCCAACAGGUCCAACGAUUACACUGAGUGGUGACCCCAAUGGAAUCCCAGCAUAGGUGUAAUAUCCACCUGCGGGGAAUAUCAGAGGUGGUAAAGGGAGAAGCAUUACUGCCCUAUACUUAAAGGCUUGUCGCUUCUAUGGGCCUAAAAGAAGGAGCAGAUCCCUCCAUGCUACUUAUAGCAUUCCGUGUACGCAAGGCUGCAACAGCUCCGUCUGAAGCACCCAGUGACACAAUUAUUGUUACCAGAGACAUAGCAGGGCGACCUGCCAUUAUGGCCCGAUCCAGAUUGCCGAGUAGUAUGAAGUUUGAAGAUUGUGACAUUCUUCAGUGGACGUGUAAAAAAACUUAAUAAAAUAUAAAGUUUAAAAAAAAAUAACUUCUCUGGGUUCUGGAGACAUUAAUAUACCACAUUCUUGAGAUUUAUCACAAUGGUGAAAUUAAUUUCACAUCAUAAAUUAGCUCCAAUAAAUAUUUACACAAAAGAGGAGUAGCCAUUCAUAACAUGCAGGUAAUGGUAUGUAUUUCUAAAACAGUUUUAAUGUUGCAAUCUAAUGCUACAAUUAUUUUUUUCCAACAUCAAUUUACACUCAAUACCCCAUAAUGACAAAUCAAACAAAACAAUAUUUUUGAAACUUUGCAAAUGUAUUAAAAAGAAGAAACCCCACCCCCCAAAACAUCUCACUUUCACUGGAUCAUCUUUGAGAUGUGUCUAUUCUUUGAUUGGAUAUGAUUCACACACCUCUCUCUAUAAGGUCUCACCGUAAAUACAUAUCAGAGCACAAACCAAGCCAUGAGGUCAAAGGAACUCUGCAGAGCUCAGAGACAGGAUUGUGUAGAGGCACAGAUCUGAGGAAGGCUACAAAAAAAUGGCUGCAUUGAAGGCUCUCAAGAGCACAGUGGCGUGCAUAAUUCUUAAAUGGAAGAAGUUUGGAACAACCAGGACUCAAUCAGGGGAAAAGGGCAUUGGUAACCAAGAAACCAUUGGUGACUCUAAGCUUCAGAGAUCGUGUGUAGAUGAGAGCAACUUGCAGAGGCUGAGCUAUCGCUGCCGCACUCCACUGAUCUGGCCUUACGGCUUACUAGCAAGAAAGUAACCUAUACGUAUAAGGGGGUACACUGGCGUUGUGGCAGUAUUAUGCUAUGUAUGACCAUGUGCUGUAACUAAAUCCCCAUUAUUUUUAUGUCAGGUGUAUAAAAUUGAAGAAUAAACAAAUAUUAAACUUUGUGAGCUUUGAAGUUGGCAUUUAGUAAGUGAGUGGAUCUUGUGUGCUAUAUAAAUAUAUAACAAGUACUAUAUAAAUAAAAUAUGUUGCACUUACUGUACCUUUCUCUACUGUAAACCUGUAAAGUGCUAAGUACACCUGUUAUUGCUUUAUAAAUAAUAUAUACAUACACUGUAAACCUACCUCUACUGUAAUGUAACUGGUAGAGCAGUAAGUAUACCUAUUAGUGCUAUAUAAACAAAAUAUACAUACACUGUAUACCUACUGCACUUACUGUACCUCCUACUGUAAUGUAACCUGUAAAGUGCUGAGUACACCUGUUACUGCUUUAUAAAUAAUAUAUACAUACACUGUAUACCUAUUGCACUUACUAAACCUACCUCUACUGUAAUGUAACUGGUAGAGCAGUAAGUAUACCUAUUAGUGCUAUAUAGACGAUAUAUACAUACACUGUAUACCUACUGCACUUACUGUACGUCCUACUGUAAUGUAACCUGUAAAGUGCUGAGUACACCUGUUACUGCUUUAUAAAUAAAAUAUACAUACACUGUAUACCUAUUGCACUUACUGUACGUCAUAAUGUAAUGUUUAAUGUAGCACCUGUUAGUGCUACAUUAAAAACACACUGUAUACCUACUGCACUUACUGUACCUCCCUCUACUGUAAUGUAACCUGUAGAGUUCUAAGUACACCUGUUAGAGCUACGUAAAUAAAAUACAGACUGUAUGUCUACUGUACCUCCCUCUAUUGUAAUGUAACCUGUAAAGUGCUAAGUACACCUGUUAGAGCUACGUAAAUAAAAUACAGACUGUAUGCCUACUGUACCUCACUCUAUUGUAAUGUAACCUGUAAAGUGCAUGCCUGUGUUUCUGUCCCUGCACUGUGUGUGUAGCUAGUUUGAAGUUACACAAUGUCUGAAGUGACCUGUGAAAAAGAGAAGUGGAAACACAGAACAAGAGCUUCCUGUGCUAGGGACAGAAAGAGCGAGAGGGGAGGACAGAGAGAGAGACAGAGUGAGGCAGAGUGACACAGGUAGAGAGAGUGAGACGGUUUAGGAGAAUGUGAGAAUCUGAGAGAUCGUUUGUUAAUUCUGCAGGGAGUCAUUGUAACAGGAGAUCUAUUGAGAAGGAUAAGGAAAUAGAUCUGUAACAGCUUUCUGAACUUGUGAGUGAGAGAAGGAAGAAGAGAAAGAGGAACAAACUAGCAGGAGAUACACACUGCACAGAGACGGACAGACUUCAGCUGAAGACACACACACAAGACCUGCAGAAUGGUCAGGUGAGAGCUCAGAACGUGUCUCUGACUGUCAGUAACUAAAGUCUCAUGUUCUCUCCCUGUCUCCUACCUGUUCUACUCGAGAGAAUGUUAUUAUUUUUUUUUUGUCUAGGUUUGUAAAUACAGUAUCUGACAGUUGCUUGUUUCAAAUUGCCAGCAGAUCUCUCUUUAGGCUGCUGGGUGAUCUCAACAGACUGUUUCUAUAUUCUACUUAAACUGCUGGGUGAUCUGACGAGAAUGCGGGGUGAUCUAUUUAGACUCCUGUGUGAUAAGUAUAAGUUAAUAAUCCAUAGAGACAUGGGCUGCAGAUAACCCUGUGUUAUGCAAGUUGUGCCAUGUUCGUGAAUGACUCACGUAGAACUAAUCCUCGCUACACCAAUAUCAACACGGGCAGGCCAUGUGUAGCUGUUACUCUAGCGUAGACCCACUAGUUAAAGUUCUGUUACUCUGGUGUGGCUUCACAGUAUGUGUUCCAGUUACUGCAGGGCAAUUCAGAUGUUGCCUUCUUACCCAAACGUUGAUAUGUUAGAUGUAGCCUAGUUAACCCUGUCUGUACAUGCUAGAUGUAGCCUAGUUACCUCAGAGUGGACAGAUUACAUUAGCCUAGUUACCCCAGAGUGGACAUGUUAGAUGUAGGCUAGUCACCCCGAAGUGGACAUGUUAGAUAUAACUUAGUUACCCCCGUGGGCAGACUAUAUGUAGCCUACAUACUUCAGCGUGGGCUGAUCAGAUGUACCUUCGUUACUACUGUCUGAGACGUUACUUAGUUACCCCAGUGUUGACUGUUCAGGUGUGGCCUACUUACCUCAGCGUGGAUAGAUCAGAUGUUGGCCUAGUUACCUCAGCGUGGACAGAUCAGAUGAAACAUAGAAUGUGACGGCAGAUAAGAACCCUUCGGCCCAUCUAGUCUGCCCAAUUUUCUAAAUACUUUCAUUAGUCCCUGGCCUUAUCUUAUAGUUAGGAUAGCCUUAUGCCUAUCCCACGCAUGCUUAAACUCCUUUACUGUGUUAACCUCUACCACUUCAACUGGAAGGCUAUUCCAUGCAUCCACUACCCUCUCUCUUAUUUUUAAACCUUUUGUCCCUCUAAUUUAAGACUAUGUCCUCUUGUUGUGGUAGUUUUUCUUCUUUUAAAUAUAGUCUCCUCCUUUACUGAUUGAUAUUUCUGUAUGAUCUCAGUAAUUUCACAGAAGCCUUUAUGGUUCGAUUUAGACAAAUAGUUGCAGCAAAUAUCCUUUGUAGUUUGUUUCUGAAUUUGAAACGGGUUGAGAAGAAAACGAGUAUUGAAAAUUUUCCAAGAGAUCAAUAAUAUUUGGGAUUGUUAAAACCAUCAGUGUCAUUUGAGGACACCAUGUACAGAGAUUGCCCCAUUAUCUCUAGAUGUGUCUACUUACUUCCGUGUGGACAGAUCAGAUGUGUCCUACUUACCACAGCAUGGACAGCUGGGUGGUCCGAAAUUUGUCUAUGUGGUGUUUCAUUUCAGAUGAAUUUCAACCAUGCAAACGAUUUAGAAAAAACUAAAGAUAGAGAAAAUGGGGCAAUCCGUGUACAGGAAUAUAUACAUAAUAUAGGUAUUAUCUAAUUAUUUUUGAGUUCACUGGUAUACACAUAUUCCUGCCAUUUGGUAAUAGAUGAAGUGAGAAGUAACCAUUUGAGGGAAAAAAAGGAAACACCAAAAAAAUAUAUAUACAUUUACAGCAUAUAUUUUAUAUAUAUAAUUUUUAUAACUGCUCCUUCCUUUUCCAUCUAUUGGUCAUUUCUAUGUAAUCUGUGAAUAAAAUCAAUACAUUGUGGCUUUCCCCGAACCACCAGUCAACUUUUUUUUGCGUUAUGGGUGGAACUUCGAAUCACAAAACAAAUAAAACGGCUCAUUCAUUGUCUGUUUCGUUUGCUUUGUGAUAUGCCCAUAUGCUGUUUUGAAGUUAUGAGAGUUGGGUAAUCCACCGAUCUCCCAAAAUUCGGUUGAAUUGCAACUAGUUGGCAACUAAAUAACAAAACAUCAAGGCCAGAUGUAGCCUAUUUUUAUAGUGUGCAUACCAGUGGUUUCCUAUUUACCCAUGUCUGGACAGGCCAAUUCUAGCCUUUGUUUUACUACUUUGGGCAGCCCAGGUGUAAUUUAGGUGUCUCACAGUGGACUUAUUUGAUGUAAGUUUGGAUACAUCAGAUGAACACUUGUUACCCCUGACUUUGUCACCUGGAUGUGCAUGUUCUUGAUGUAUUCUAGUUAGUUUUUGAUUUCUGCAAAACAGAAAAAUUUAUUUUGGCCAAACCACUUCAUGCCAUAAAAUGUACAAAAAUCCAGGAUGGCAGAAUUUUGUGCGUGUGGUAGUUCAUCUCAACGGAAUUUGGCCGUCUGAAAAAGAUUUGUGUUAAGGGCACAAAAUGUUAUGUUUCUAAUUUUUUUCCCAGUACGUAAGUAAGCAUAUUUUCCCGCCAUCUAGUUCACGGAUGAAGUGAGUAAAAGUAACCAAUAGAGAAAAUAAGAAGAGCUGUAAUAAAUCUAUACAUUUAUUAAAUUAUAGAAAUAUAGAUUUUUUUUAAAAUUCAGAUCUGUGGAUAAAUCAACAUUUAGUGAAGGUCCCCAUAUCAUCAACCAUAAUUUUUUUCCAUUUCCAUUCAUUCCUAAUUUUUUCGCGCCUUGGGGCGGGCAUUGCAUUAUAACUCAAAUGUCCAUUGUGCUAUUAGUUAAUUUCUUUAUUAGUGUAUACGGCCGUUCAGAAAUUGGCAAUUUGUAUGAUCACCCAGUCAGCCCAAAUUCAGUCGAAUUUCAGUUUGUAACUAAAUAAAUCUCCAAGUCUAGUUAUUUUGAGUUUAACACAAAAAAAAAAAAAAAGGCAAAUUGUGCUUUAAGGUAGCAUUUCAGGACUCGUGGUGUGGUAAAUGCUUCCUCUUUUAUUAGCAUUAAGGAAUUGAUCUAUUCAAACUAUUCAGUUGCAUUUUAAUGUUGUCAGCUAAAACGAGACCUGUUCAAUUCUUUAAUUCGGCUCCAAAAUACUGUUUUGUAUCAGUUCAGAAUGUGACAUUACUUAAAAAAAAUUUUUCACAUAAACACUUGUUUACGAAUUUCACUGUAAUCUCUACAGUUAUUUACACACCUAUAAUCAUUCAACUGUUUUACUUUAAAAUCUCAUAAUCUAUAUAGCUAUGUAUUUAGGAUUAAAUAGAAAAAUGAUCUUCUAUAAUCUCAGCUUGUUUUUUUUUUUGGCUAAGUUCUGCAAUUUGUAUAUUACAAAUAUAAUUACAAAAAGUUGAUGUUUAGGAAGUAAACCCCUUUCUAUUUCUAAGUUCCAAGUUGUUUUUUUAUGCAAUGUAUAGGGUUAUUAAGUAAAUUGUUUAAAAAAAUACAGAGAAAAAGCCAAAUUGCAAGAAUCCAUCUAAAAAAAAUAAAAUAAAAUUCGAAUUCUAGCUUAACUAGAGAAUUCAGCUAUUUUAACCCACGCUUUUGCAGCUUAAUUUUCAAAUCACCACAAAUCAUCACUGAAUGAACAAACACUGAAGUGAUUCAAACAUGAUUAAAUCAGAUGUAAUCACCUAAUAUUCUAUGGAAAAAAAGACCAAAAAAACCCUAUUUAUUAAGAAAGCACACAGUGUGUUAAACCAAUACCAACAUAUAACAGAGUAAGUGUUUUCUAACUUGAAGGGACACUAUCGUUACUGGAACACUACAGCGUAAUGUAGUUGUUCUGGUGUCUAUAGCAUGUCCCUGCACACUUUUCAAUGUAAACCCUGCCCUUACAUGGCAGUUUUUACAUUGCUGGCUAGUAACAUCUCUAGUGGCAGUCACUCAGUCAGCCACUAGAGGUGCUUCCUGUGUCAGUGCUCAACUGUGUGCAGCACCUACGUUAAGCGUCUCCACACUCUGCAUGGAGUCACUGAACGCUAACCAUCAAGAUGCGUUGAUUCAAUGCAUCUCUAUGAGGAGAUGAUGGUUGGCGCAGCACAGCGAUUUGCUGGCGAUGCAUGAUAGCCUCCCAAUGCUUUCCUAAGAUGAUCUUAGCCAAGGAGGCGGACCCAGCGCAGCAUAGGCGAAAAUAUGAGUUUAAUACCUUUUCAUGUAGUUUAACAAUAAAGUAUUAGGAAUACAUCUUUGUUUGUGUUUUGUAGUGUUCCUUUAAACCUGAAGACUAAAAGGCAUUUAGGUGAUUGGAAAACACAUGUUGGGGAUUAUGUAUAAAUAAUUUUUUGUUUUUGCAAAAGGUUUUCUGUAAAUGAAAAUGUUGCGGUUGUGACUCAGUUGGUGCAGUGGUCAAUUGCUAGUGAAUACAUUGCUCCAAAAUUAAAACCAAAAAGUGUGGCAAAAGAUAUAAAUAAAUAAAAUUGGUUCAAACAUGUCCUCCCCCCCCCAACAUUUUUUUUUAUUUUUUAAAUAAAAAUCGUUAUGCAGACAAUGCUGGCAUUUAAAAAAACUAAUUGUUCUUUAUCAUUUUGGCCAACUGAUUGUGUUAAAAAAGAGAUGGAAAAUUGUGUUGUUUAUUUCUGACCACUGUGGCAGGCUUUUCGUGACUGGUGCAAAUGUUUAAAACAUAGAGUUUCUGCAGAGUAUUCCACCAACUUCCUAAUUGUAAAAAUAACUAGCCUAUUUUAGUCUACAAUUUGCAACUGGCUCCUAAGUCCACUAAAGCUCAGUGUUUAAUGAAAAAAUCUUUUCUAUGAAACUUAUCAGUAAGAAUAAAUUCUAGUUGCGCCUGGAGCCGAUCCACUCACCAUUGGCUGAGAGUACCAGCUGAUCCCUCUCAGCCAACGAAUCACACAAAGUGUAUGAAAAUUUGCCCAGAAUUUACAUUAGCCAGCCCGACACUGCCAGAGGUGCCGUUACAUUAUCUUACAGAGUAAAGGGCUGCUGGUCCUGCUUUAUGUACUGAGGAUAUCCAAUCUGACAUCAUUCUCCUAGUGCCGCCGUGCAGGAGUGAAAAGGGGGCUGCUUGCGUCCUCACAUUUGUUCACCUAUUUUUAUACAUCGUUUGUGACAAAAUUCCAGAACAGUUCCUAAUUGAGUUAUUUAUUUUGGGCAGGUGACAUUCUGCUACUUCUUUACUGAGGGUUACAUUUUGUAAAUAAGCAGAAAUUCUAACGGUAAAUUUUAGUACAUAGCCCUCUUGUUUAUUUCUGCUUCCUGUAUAUUGUGCCUGUAUUAUUGUCUGCACAUAAAGAGUUAAUGCAAAGUGAGCAAAGCAAGAUGCCCAAUAUGCAAAUGUGACCUUUCCCUGUCUUUAUAUAAUUUAUUUAAUUUUGCUUCAUUUUAUAUAAUUAACUUGUGCACGUUUCAGUGAUGAUCAUUUUCCGUGCGUUGUUAUGACACUGUCUUAUAUAUUACAUGUGUACCGUGUGUUUAUCAUCUCAAUGCAUGGACUAUGAGUGAUUGUUAACUUUUGACAGCCAUAAGAGAUAGGAGGCGGUUAACUAUAUAUAUAUAUAUAUACAUUGUAUCCUAUUUACCUGUGUGCACAGAAUAAAUACCUCACUGACAGUUACUAGAGGGGACAGGCCAGAUGAACAGGCCAUAGAUAUGUCAGAUGUAGCCUAAAUACCCCACAAUACACAUGGGUAUACACAUACCCCACAAUACACAUGACAACGUCUAUUAACCAGCUCAGAAAAGCUAGUCAAAGCCUAAUUGUCUCUCCAAGGGCAUACCCGUGAUGAACGAUUAGAUGUAGCCAAGUUACCAGUUAAGAAGGAUUAGACAUAGCCUAGAUACCAGUGAUGGAAGCUUAAAUGUAGCCUAGUUACCAGUGAUGGAAGACUAGAUGUAGCCUAGAUACCAGUGAUGAACGAUUAGACGUAGCCUAGUUACCAUUUAUGAACUAUUAGACGUAGCCUAGUUACCAUUUAUGAAGGAUUAGACAUAGCCUAGUUACCAGUGAUGGAAGCUUAGAUGUAGCCUAGUUAACAGUGAUGAAAGAUUAGAUGUAGCCUAGUUAGCAGUGAUAAAAGACUAGAGGUAGCCUAGUUAGCAGUGAAGAAAGAUUAGAUAUAGCCUAGUUGGCAGUGAUGAAAGAUUUUAUGUAGCCUAGUUAGCAGUGAUGAAAGAUUUGAUGUAGCCUGGUUAGCAGUGAUGGAAGAUUAGAUAUAGCUUGGUUAGCAGUGAUGGAAGAUUAGAUAUAGCUUAGUUAGCAGUGAUGAAAGACUAGAUAUAGCUUAGUUAGUAGUGAAGAAAGAUUAGAUAUAGCCUAGUUAGCAGUGAUGAAAGAUUAGAUAUAGCCUAGUUACCAGUAUGAAUAGACCAGAUAUUUCAACUUGUGCCGUGUUCUGAAAAUUAGUGCAAGGAUGCGGUCCCCAAUAGAAUGUGCCUGUCAGUUCCUCUGGUUUCCAUAGUGAUUUCUCCACUUUAGCUACCACUUUUUAGAAUACCACACUUUGAUAAAUCUCCUCCUAUUACUAGAAUCUCUAGUAAAAAGAUAGAAUUAGGCAGUUCAUCGAGUGCAGUGUAAAGGAAUACUGCUGGGAAUAUUACCCGAGUUUGGAGUAAAGGUACUGUGCCAGGAACAUUAUUCGUUUGGUGUAAAGGGACAAUGCUGGUUCUGCCACUAGGGUCUAAUGUUGGUUCUGCCACCAGGGUCUGAUGCUGGUUCUGCCACCAGGGUCUAAUGCUGGUUCUGCCACCGGGGUCUAAUGUUGGUUCUGCCACCGGGGUCUGAUGUAAAUAAACAUCCGGCAUGUAUCACCAUAUUCUACUAUGAAAGGACAACGUUGACAAUGCUUAUAUCUGUUGUGAAGCGAUGCUGCCGUAAUUAUCCCCAGCAUCUGAUAUCAAAGCACAGGUGUGCGUGCUUUGCUUACUAUUAUUUACUAUCAUAAUCCUACUAAACCACACAUUUCCUCUAUUUCAUCCAAAACAUUCUCCAAACACUUCACUUGUCUCUCCAAAGAUCAGAAUUCCUCCCACACUGGCAAUCUCUCCAAACCUAGAAUUAUAUCUCCAAAACUCACAUUUACCCUGACCUCAAACAAUCUCUCAAAAUCUCCCCCUACCUUCAGAACCCAUAAUCUCCCCCAGAGAAAUAUUUCUUAGCUUUGCCAGUUUUCAAGUUUUGCUUUUAAAUUAAUUCAUUUUUGUCCCUCAAUUUCUCCUUUUUUUUUUUUUUUUUUUUUUUUUUUUUUUUUUUUGUGUUUUUACAUUCACAUUAUUUUUUUUUAGUUACUAGGGUCUACUUUUUCUCAAUUUUGGAAAUAGGCAGAGCUUAAUCAAAAUUCCAAUUCAGAUGCUAAGCUAAUUUACCCACAAUCCUUAAGUGAAAAGAAUCCCGCGGAAUGACAAACUGCAGACUUCAUGAACAGAGGAGAUCAAAAUGGUAGCACCUAGGUGUUAAGACUCCUGGCAUAAGUAAAAAAAUAAAGUGAUAAUUAGAAAUAAAGGCAAAUGGCAAAGAGGGUAAUGUAAUCAUUAAGAUACAAGGGACAUAAGGAAACGGUUUACUCAUUGCUUUCUCGAGGUCAAUUAACAAUUUACCUUUCAUCUGAUUUAAUUUUUCUGUCCCUUCACUUGGUAGUCAUCAUCUUUCUUCUCUGCUUAAAUCAGGUGGUUCCACAGGGAUAUAUCUGGAUUGGAGGCCGAGGCACGCCUGAAAGCUCGAGGAGUUCAUGGAAGUUUUCUUGUCCGACCCAGUAAAAAGAAACCAGAAGACUUCUCAUUGUCUGUCAGGUACAAAACCAAAAUAGUUUGAUACAAGGCUGGGGUGAUUAGCGCACACAAUGGUGUAUAGUUUUCUUUGGUGUUAUAUCUAGAUAUUAUAAACAAAAAAGACCGUCAUAGGACAGUAUGUAUAUACAAAAUUAAAAGUGAGAAGUAACUUGGAACACACAAUAUUUAGAGCCCAUGUAAGUCAGCUCUAAACUAUAAUGGCAUUUUCAUCAAUCCGCCACGCCAGAGUACCUCCUGAGAGGUCUGGGUAAAAGGUAAGUUGCAUUCCUUCAAAGUUAUAGGGGUCCUGACCCUUGAGGGCUGUGAGAAUUGCUGCUUUAGCUCUGCCAUUGUGGAGGUGGACUAUCAGGUCUCGCGGAGCUGCUGCAGAGGCCUUUGGUGGUUUAGGAAUGCGGAAGACUUGGCCUGCCGCAUGGAUAGUAAUGCCACUAUGAGGCGUCUCAGCAUGUGUGGCAGUUCCUCCGUGGGUAUGGCCUCUGGGAUGCCCCUGAUUUUCAGAUUGUUCUUUCGUCACGUGUCUUCCAUUGUAGCAAAUCGGUGGUCGUAUAGUUCGUUCUUCUUUUAGAGCCCCCGGAUCGUUUGUUGCAUGGAGGCUAUUUGUUGCGCGUGCUCCCCGGCUGUAGAUUCCACAGUAUUGAUCCAGCCCGUUAGGCCUUGGAGUUCCUCACGCAGGUUUGCCACGUCGGCCAGAAUAUUCUUUUGUAAGUCUGCCAACAGGACUUUAAGCACCGCCCUUGUGACUGGAGCUUUGUCCGAGCUGCUAUAUGUUGAGGUUGAUGUCAGUUUAGCCGGCAGUUCUUCAUCAUCAACAGGUCUGAGUAGGCCUCAGGGUAGUCGGCCAUUUUGGGCCUGCUUGCUCUUUGUGCUUAUCACAGGAGGUCGCCGAUGUCGUGGCCCAGGCGAGGUUUGUCGGGUUUCAGCUUCUUGGUUUUUCGACCCAUGUUGUGAUGCGUGUCUCCCUCCUGCCCCUGUUGUCGUUCUGAUCGAGCAGUACUGUUGAUAAUAAGGGUAACUCUUUUGCAAUGUCUCGGAGCUCUAACAUAGUUUGGCCAUUCACUUCAACCGCUUGGCCACCCCCCGAAAGGAAGUUUUAAAACUUUUAUUAGAGUAAAAAAGUAAUAAAAACAAGCACAACGCUUCCUCAGGUGCAUGACCAAAACACACUUCAUGUGUAGAUGUGUAUGGUGAUACUUGGCAAAUAUGAGCCUGUUGUUUGCCGUCAUGGCUUGUAAGGGAGCACCAGGUGGAUUGAAUGUUAGGUUGAGGAGGGCACAGAGCUUCCGCCAGUCACUUUCUGUAGCGUGACCUUGAGGACUACUGUAUAAGAUCUUCUUCUAUUUCCUCUACCUGGCCUGAUAGGAGGUUUCAAGUUUAGAGCAUUGAGACCGGGUAGAGAAUAAAGACACACACACACAAGAGCAAAAGGUGGAAGAGGAGUCUUCAAAAGGGGAAAUUAGAAACUCAAAAGAGGGGAAAAUGUGCAAAAGAAUAGGUAAGAGGGGAAAAGGGGGGGAUUAAGAGACACACAGAUGUAGAUGUAUUUUAGGUGAUGGCAAAAUGUGUCUUCGUCUGUAGAUAAAAAUCCUUGCACUUGGCCAUGUUUGCAGUCAUUUCAAUUAUCGACAAAAAUAGUUAAGUACGUACUGCGUUUUCUUCAAAAAGGCAACCAUGCAGUGGAAAACAGAUUUGAGGAUAUUUUUGAAGAAUGCUUCAUUAUUAGGCUUUAUAAAUUGGAAUAAUUGGUACCCAGCAUGGUUUACAUUAUGGACAGUAAAGUCUAGGAGUAGUCUGACCAAUGGACCAUUGUUGCCCCAGAUAGGCAAAAUCCAUUGUGUGUUCCAGGUUCAACAAAUCUGGUUAGCAUCUAAUAUAAAAAAUAACAACUUGACCAUCACCUAAUUUUACCAGGGUCCACAUUACUGUCCACUAUAGCCGUUAAUGUGAGGGCUUUGUAAGGUUGCAUAGACUGAGAAAGACAGAUGGUAAUUUGGUAAAUGAAGAUCGAACUAGAACAGAUAGUUGUCUGAAUAUUUAGUUGCUGAUGUACCCUAGAGGAGAAAGUAGAGCAAACGUUGAGGGUACUGUAUAAACAUUGGAUGAAAAAAAAGAAUAGUGUCACCAAUGGAAUGUGCCUGCUGGGUCCUCUCGUUUCCAUGGUGACUGCCCCACUUUUUGUACAUCAGACCACUUUUCAGAAUACAACAAUUUUUAUACAUAAACCCUAUUGUUGUUUUCUUUCCACGGAUAGGAUGCACUCUGUCUUAUGGGGUGCCAAAUUAAUUUAUACAGGGUUAUUCAAUAAAGUGAGAAUUCAAGGUAAAUUUAAAGUUAAUGUCAAAUUUAAGGUUAAAAUAGCCAAACUGGAAAAUCCUCUAAGUCAGCUAUGGUUUCAGUUUGACUGCUCUGGUCUUAAGUUUGAAAUUGUCUUUGAAUUCACUUUGAAUUCUAAUUUCGGUGAAUAGCCCUGACAGUGCAUUGAAUUCAGCAUUUCAAAAGUAUCUGAUAUUUUAUCUUAGACUAGACCUAGUUCAUUUCUGGACAGAUAUUAUUUUUUCGUCCUAUAAACGGUGUGAAAUGGGGUCUUCGCCUCCAAAAUCAGAAGACCACAAAACCACCAGGAAGUCCUGCCACAGAUGGCAUACACAGAGAUAAAAUAAGAAAAUCUUCUUUAUUGUUCUGUAUAAUGGAAGCAACACAUACAGCUAAGACUGGAAUGUUUUGGGUAUUAGCUAUUAAUCUGGAUGUAGUACUGAUAUAUUAUACAAUGUGUGUUAUAGGUCUCUAAGAUGCUGUCGGGUCCAGUUAGCACAGUUAAGUUGGAUUCUUAAUAUCUGCAACUAUUGUAAAAGUGAUGGUGAUCACGGAUUAUAAGUCCUUUAAGGUAGCUGGGCUUAAUGACAAUAGACACUCUGUAUACCUGCCAACAAGUUCUAAUAGGUUUAAACAGGAGUGAGCCCAAGUCAGGACACCAGAAAUCAGAAUAAACAGAAUACACCAGUCAAAUGUUCAGGUAACAGACAGAUAAUUCUAAGAAUAAACUGUGGUCAGGAGUACAGAAACCAGAAACUAGCCACGUCAAAUAACGGUAAUUCAGAGAAUUGCAAAAAAUAUAUACUAUACUAAAUUCUCAGAGAGGUAAACCACAAACGGUCACUAAGCCUAGUGGUUACUGACUUCAUGUAGGCCUUCAUCAGGCUUGCCUAGUGAUUGGUUUUAAUUCGUAAAAAAAAAAAAAAAAAAGGCAAAUUAAACUGUAAUCAGGAGACACACCAUCAGAGGGCCUCGCAUGGCGCACAGCAUCAAGGUAUCUGCGUACAUGACUGAUAUAUGGGUAGAGCACCCAGCAACAAACAUGCUGGUGGAACAAAGAAAUGGAACACUCGCAUGUGGUGAUGAAGAUUGCUGAACAGGGGGGGCGGAGCCCGGCGCUGAACCGGACCGGGCGCCAUCUCUCCCAGCUCCGUCGAUCGCACUCACAAUCUAGGCAAUAUCCUGGAGACUAGCCGCCAUCCGACGGCGUAAGCAUCAGCUACAGUCUGGGGACACCACACCGAAUCCCCAGAUGCCCUUCCAGUACUCCCCGAAGCAUCUAAAAGCAAGACGCAGGACCGGGGCCUACCACACACCCGCCAACCGCAACCUCGAGUUUCUCUGGGGCGGGGACCCCGCGGGAAACACAGCAGAGUGGUGGCCGACCCUUACAUCACCUGCUAACACAGCAAUGGGGCGUAGAAAUCAGAAGAGUACCCCCAGUAACGCUCCAGAACAGAGGGACAUAGGAGCUAUGCUCCAACGGCACACCUCCGCCAAGAUGGCGGCCGCGGAAGGCCCGACCUCACCAGAGGCUCCCCACACAGAGGCAUCUGCAACACUUCAGCUGCAGAACACAACAGAGAGCUCACAGCAACAGCCCACAGCAUCAGCAGGUAACUCUGAACCUGCAACCAAACAGGACCUCCAAACCCUGUACACUAUGCUGCAGGACAUUCAAAACCUCCUCACUGCGGACCUGCCUAUCCUAAAAUCAUCCCUACUAACAGGCAGAAUGGAGGCAACUGAAGCAAAUAUUAAGGAGCUAAGCCAAGACACCUCCACCAUGCAGGCAUCUAUACUCCAACUACAAGCAGCCCAACAGGACAGGUACCGCCGCAACCACGUAAAAAUAAGGGGCAUCCCGGCCACGGUCCCCCAAGAGGAACUGCCACACUACGUCAGAAGGCUGCUGGAUUCAGUACUGCCACCUGCUACCGCUAAAAAAAUAACCAUCGCUGGGCUAUAUCGAAUACCAACGUCUACCUUAACCACCGCCAAAACGCCCGGCGACGUCAUACUCCGCUGCGCACUACCUCAAGACAGGGGGCAAAUAAUGGCAGCGGUAAGAAACAAGACUCCACUGCCCUUUGAAGACUCGCAACUGUCCUUCUACCAGGACUUAUCCAAGGCCACACUACAAUGGCAAAAAUCCCUGAACCCUGUCACCACCCGACUGCGGGCAGCAGGAGUGCCCUACAGGUGGGGAACACCACGAUCCCUCCUUGUCUCGUACAAGGGGUCCAUGCAACGGCUAACUACGGGGACUGAUAUCCCAGCAUUCCUUGCAGCUCUAGACAUGCAAGAGGCAACGGUAGCACCAACGGACUCAAAUCGGGCACACGGAUGGGACCCAUCCAGAGUGGUACCAUUUGUGCCAAGAACUGUAGCCGAUUGCCCACCUGAUUCCUGACUGGCAGGGACAUCUCCAGCCCGGUUCAAACCUAACGGAGGGACUCACUGAUCCGGCAGCCCUAGGCUGCAAAGUUGCAAAGUUGUAGAGAUGUAAAGUUCUGCUUGUUCUUGUGUUAUUACCCUUUUUUUUUUCUUUUCUUUUUUUUUCUCUUCUUUCUUCAUGCCGUAUGUCUAUGUCCCUUGCGGUAGAAUCACCCAUUAGAAGACACAAUUUUCCGCCUGGGCCCACUGGGCAUAGAGACACCAGGCUCACUACACCCAAACACUCACGAAGCUGCGCCAUCUAUGACCCUAGUCCGGUUGCAUCUAGCCACACAUGACCAAUCAUUGAAGCGCACACACCCCCCCCCGCUACCGCCUUGGUUAGGGGCUAUGCCGCUCACCACGAGAGGUCAACCAUGCACAAAUCAUCCCCCCCCCACCCCACCCAGGGGAGGAGGGCAAAGCUUACACCACCGACACUCGAGUGCAGAUAUCGCUUGAUUUCACUAAGUUAGACAUGUUAUUAAACCUCUUGUGAUCAAAACCUAUGCUAAUGUAACAUGUUUUUGCUUACAUCCUGUUCUGAGCGACAUUAUUUUAACACUAUAAAAUGUGCUGAUAAGUUCAUUGUUCCAAUUGUUAAGUCUGAAAAAUAUGCUCGGGGAAUGCUAUUGGGGCACCACGAGCUUGCUUGUUAUCUACUCAAAGCACGAUAAAAAUAAAGAAUUAAAAAAAAAAAAAAAGAUUGCUGAACAGAACACAUGUGAACAUGCUUUAACAAUGUGUAAAUGUGUGCUUACCAUUUAGUUUGGGUGAUUAGAGCCAGAUGGUAAGGAGAUGCAUGGAUUAAAAAGCUCAGAUUGCGAUGGAAGGUUCUUUAUAGAAAUCUGGUGGCUAAGGUGCCAGGUAAGUGGCAGAUGGCUUGUCUAAGCAGUUGAGGUUUCAGAGAGCAUUUCACCUUGGGUAGUCUCUGAUGUAGCAAGAAUGAAUCCUGGCUGCAGGUCCAGGAUGGGAGGACAAAAGAGUUAUGGGCAGAACCAAGAUGGCAGUUGGGAGAACCUUUUUCUGAAGGUAAUGAUUAACAGAUGAAAGUACAGUCAGCAUUGUUUAUUGGCGCUAAAUUAUGCAAGAUUUAACUGGGUCUAAUGGUGAAAUCCAUAAUGAAUGGAAGAUGGGAUCAGUAGUAGAGGAGACGGACAACUAAGUUUAAGUUUAGUGAGACAUAACAUUAAUGAAGAAUGUUUAUAUAUAUAUAUACAUAUAUAUAUAUUGUGAAUUUAAAAAGUAUAUUUAUUAUGUUGCAGCCUUAUGCUACAGUUGUUAAAACUUUUCCCCCCCUAAUCCAUGCAUUCCCUUACCUUCUGUCCCUAACCUACCAACUAAAUAGUAAACUCACAUUCAUACAAUGUUAAAUCAUGUCUGCGUGUGUUUGGUAAGACGAUUUUCACCAUGCCAGUGCACCAUCUCUUCUGCUCGCCAGCAUGUUUGUUGCCGGGUGCUCUUCAAUGUGAAAUAAAUUGAAGGAUCCGAAUAUUAACUUAAUGCACACUUACCAUAUCUACAUACAGCUAGCUCUGCAAAAUUGACUAAAAACGACUUCUAAAAAAGAAAUUAAAAAAGUACCAUUGUGAGUAAAUAUUAUCUAUUUCCUUGUAGAGUGGAGGAUUCGGUGACACACAUUCGUAUUCAGAACACGGGCGAUUACUAUGAUCUAUAUGGCGGGGAGCAGUUUGCCACGCUGCCUGAGCUUGUGGAGUAUUACAUGGCACAACAGGGGAGCCUGCAGGACACAGAUGGAAACCUCAUCCAACUCAAAUACCCUCUGAACUGUUCUGACCCAACCAACGAAAGGUAAGGAAAGCCAAUGUCAAAGGUAAAUACAACUACUAGUGCAUCAGGUCUGCACCACAAAGAUCCAGAUACUUUGACCUUCUCACCUCUGCCCCAAGUACGUAACUUGCUGGGUGUAUAACUUAUUGCCGCAGGAAUUUACCUGUGCUCCCAAGCAGGCGACUCAUUUCCCCUGGGAGAUUGCUUAUUUUUGCAGACAGAUGACUCAUUCUCUCGGGGAGAUAGCCUUGUGCCCCAGGAAAGAAACCUCAUUGCCCCUGUCAACUAACCUGUAACUCCAGGCAAAUAUCCUACCAAUAGAUUUUCCAGGUAGACAGAAUCCCCACAUUGUGCUGCACACUUUUGUGCCUUUAGAUUGUAAGCUUGUUUGGGCAGGACUUUUUCCCCCUACUGUUCCCAUAUGUCAAACUUGUUUUGUUAGAAUUAAGUGUUUGUCUUGUUAACCUUUUAUACAGCGCUGUGGAAUUUGUUGGAGCUAUAUAAAUAACUGUAAUUGUGUUACCUGUUUGAACUGCAGUGAUACAUUUUGGACAUACGAUUUCCACAGGUCUAUAUUCUUCUAUUUCUUUAAUAUCUCCAAUAUAAUCUAUCAUAUCCAUUUCACUGCACAUCAAACAGGGACGGUGUUACUCGUGUAAUCAGGAAUGUGGAGAACUGGCAAUAAUCCUGGCACUGUGUACACUGUAGUGUGAUACUCUUGCAGGGAGUGAUGCAUGCUGGGAUGGAUUUAGCAAUUUUUGUUUUGGCAGCGUUCCCUGCUCACCUGUUGCACUAUGUAAUACUGUUUAGUAAUCACUUUGUACAGCAAUCAUACUGUAACAGAGCACUUAAUAAAUAAUAGUCUGUGUUGUGACUUUCGCUAUUGUGAGUGAAAAUUUGAUUUUCACAAGUCCAUCAUUAACCCUACUCCUCAAUGCGACGAUUUUUGGACUUCAGAGUUGGUUUAACGCCUUGCGUUGAUGGUUUAGUGAAACCAAAGACCCAAAGCCUGCACGCAGUCUUUUUAUAUUCAUUGAGCCUUCCCUUCAGAUUUAUGAAAUGUACCCUAUUUUUCUGUGUAUAGGACGCCCCCAUAUAUGACGACCCCUAUUUUUGGAGUCCAAAAUUAAGAAAUCAAAUAGAACAACGUUGAUAUUUUAGAGGUGACUUCUGAUUCUCAUGCCUCCCCUGUGCUACGGUACUCUGUGAAGUUAAUGGCUCUAUAGUGCACACUGGGAGACUACAGCUCCCACAAUACAGCAGGUGGUGGGGGGCAUGCUGAGACAUCACAGUAGUAUUCCCUCUGUUCCCUGAUCCCCAUUUCCUUCCCCAUGAAUAUAAAUCAGAAAGCAAGACCUACCUGAGGUGGAGUAAAACCUUAAUAUGGCUGCUCCUUUUAUGGUGUGGCAUGUCUCAAGAGCUCCAUUGGUGGUAAAUGCUGAUGUCUGCUGCAGCUCCCACUCAUAUAGGGACCUCCUCCCCUUGCAUUCAGAAGUGCAUCGGAGGGAGGCCUGGCAUGUGUGUGGGCCGUGGCACACUGAAACGCGGCAGGCGCCAUCUUGACUUAGGACCCGCGCAUAAGUGUUUUGUUUUUUUUAACCCUUCCAGUGACAUUCCGUGUAGAAGACGACCCCCAAUUUUAGACAAAAAUAUGGAGAAAAAAACAUAGUAUUAUACAUGGAAAAAUUCUGAAAUUCUGUAAACUCCAGGUUGGGCAAUAUCAGUUGAGAUAAAGUUACAGUUAAGCAUUUCUAAAUGUAGGUGACCAUUUGCCCUGGCCUAAGAUGUGGGCCAACCCAUUGGUUCAUAAGUCACAUAAUGUAUAAAAAGAGUCUAAAAACUUACAGGAAACUAAAGUUCAUAACCAGUAAAUAUUGUUUAUUUAGCAAAAUUACAAACACAUUUGGAGAGAUGGAUAAAUGUAUAGUGUAGACACAAUUACGGUAACUUUAACAACAUUUGUCUACGUAUAAAAUAACUACUGUGGAUGAUUAAAUAAGGUCAGUGGCCGCGGUAUUUUUAAGAAACUUUCUGUAGACCGUUUUUACGCUCAAACCUCAAAGACCUCAGGAAAUAGAAAGCAGUAAAAUGAAAUGUUGCACGUUUUCAGAUGAAGUUUAAAAAUAGAUCAUCACAUUUGGACUUACAGACAUAUUUAUACUGCGUUAAUACCCCCCAAACCAUGGCAUUUCCUUGCAACAUUUGUAGCCCUUCUAAGGGACUUUUAAUGAAUUAAUGAUCAAUGAGACUUCUUUUUACGCCUUCUGAGUAAUGCUAGCACACACCACAGCUCUCCAGGUCCCAAUUUAUUAAUCACACCAAUGGAAAGAGCCUCUUUUUCCUUCCAAUGGUAAACUGACCACACGAUCGGAGCCGUGGAAUCAAAAUUAUCACCUGCCUGUCUACAACUGCUUCCCUCCACCUCUACGAAGGUACCAAACAACCUGAAAAGGAGUAUAAAGCUACAAUGGCCUAUACUAUGAUUCUAUUCUUGCAAACAGUGUCCUUCACUGAAAGAACCUUUUAUAGCACGCAUGGCACCUAAUAUUUGGAUACACACAGGUUGCAAGGUUUUGCAGCUAGUGAUCAGCCUGUGCAUACUGGAAGUAUCAGUCUAUAGAAGGCAGCUUGAUAAAGAAUUGCUUUAAAGUCAGGUAGAUGAAAAAGGGAUAAGGAGAUGUUGAAAUAACUAAGGAGGGACAGAUCCAACAGGUGAACCACGUUUAUUGACAACGAACUCUCCAUAUACCACUCUGUCACAAUACUCUGCGUGUACCGCAACAAUGACAAAAUAUACUGUAAUUAUUACAAUAUUUACACAUGCCCUAAUCCAGUCUCCCAUCCAUACUCCCAGACAGAUAUUCUUUGUUAGUCUGGGAAAUAUAACAUGACUUGGAAGUGUCAGUACAAAAGGAAUGUAAUUUUUAUAAAGCGUACAUGUACUCUUUGUGUGUGUGGACUAUUUCUGCAGUGUAUGUGCGUACAAAGCACUCAUAAUUCCAAAGGUAAAUUUAUAGGCAGAAAAGUCCCUAUUUUGGCUAAUCCCUAGUCUCCCUUUAUAGAGCCUAACGACUCUCUUUUAGGAGCUCUGUAUUGCUGGUGUGUCGGGUUUAUAAGAGCCUUACAACAAUAAAACCUACAGUAAUGUGUCUUACUAUAAACGUGUUCAGCAAUCAACCUGUGUAAACUAAAGAUACCAUGUUCAACUACUUUAAAGGUUAUCAGUGGCUCAUAAAGUCACAUAGACUGUUUCAGAACUUCCUGCGAUAUUUAACUUUUUAAUAAGUUUAAGCAUUAUUUUUUCAUGCUAAGUGUCUGGGCAAAUGUUUGAAGUCUGCAUUCUGUACGUGCAGCAUAUCUGUGCGCUACAGUGUGUGUGUGCAUGCAGUGUGUCUGUGCGCCACUGUCUGUGUAUGCAUAGUGCACCAUGAGUGUGCAUGCAGUGUCUGUGCGCCACUGUCUGUGUAUGCAUAGUGCACACUGAGUGUGCAUGCAGUGUGUCUGUGUGCCACUGUCUGUGUAUGGAUAGUGCAGUCUGAGUGUGCAUGCAGUGUGUCUGUGUAUGCAUAGUGCACACUGAGUGUGCAUGCAGCAUGUCUGUGUAUUGUUUCUACAUUACAGAUUGCAGUCAUACUGCCAUACCGGAUAUCAUGUUUAUAACUAGAUUAUCUGAAUGUACUUUGCUUUCUUAUCCACUGAAUCUCUCGACCCUCAGCAGCAAAAGAGCAAAGAGGGCAGUUUAUUACUUCUAAUGUCUGUGUAGUGGAAGGAAUACCUUCCCUAUAUUGCUGACACCUCAUUUAGAUACAGAAUUCAGGCCCAAGCUAAUGUACAGGGUUUAAAACAACAGGUCCCUGUCAUUUCGCAAAAAAGGGAAGAGAGGUAUAAAUCUGCAUAGCUGGUAUAGCGGAGAGAGAUAGAGAUCACAGGGGGGAUAACUGUCUAUUGCUGGUCUGGUACAUGCAAAUAAACGCAGCAAUAAUACUUUUAAUAUAUAACUCGUAUACGAGGAGCUGACAUUUUUCCAACAGCCCGGUAUUAUCGUUGAACUGGAAUGCCAUUUAUGGCCGAGCGAAUCUUGGCUGCGUGUCCUGGGAAUACUGUAGAGUUAAAGGACAGAAAAUGUAAUGAAUGGGAAAUUGUGUUUUGAAACAUUACAGGAAUCUGAUGUAAGACGUCAUUGGUUCUUAGCUUUUUACCUAGAGUUCCAAAUUAAGAGCUUUACAUUGGAUUGGUGAUCCAUUCUAUUACUAUAAAAAUAGCACCUUAUUUUUUAUUUGUUAUAUAAGGUAUACUAAAAAAAAUGCAUUCAUACUAUAACGUGCAUUCAUUAGACAAUGCUUGUGCCUAGGAGGUCUCCAUGACAUUGGGAAAGGCUGCAACGCUAUGUUAAGCCAUUUAUUUUGGGUAUUUCACCGGGACCUGAUGAAUAUGACAUGUCUGAUUGAGACAGAGGAGACAAACUAAAAUGGUUUGUGUCCUGACCUGGGGGUUUAGAACAAAUCCAUAUAAGUACACAGAGAGAAUCUUGGGUUUAAUGAGUGGCCACAUAAAGUGACAUCCUAGCCAAGGUGCCAAGAGGAACAUUUUGUGAUGUGACAUGAAUUGGAAGAGUACAUAAAGCCCUUCAAAGCUCAGUGUGAAGUAGAUUGUCCCUAUAGAAUGGAACCCUCAAAUUUACAAAGUAUAAUAUUGGAAAUCGGAUUCUGCAUGACGUACUAGUCCGCUGAGUGCUGAGUGCACUGGUGAUAUUUGUUAAGGAGCCACAGAUAUCACAAACUCCUGCACCGUGCAUUUAAUUAGUUUCCAUGCUCCUUCCGAGGUAUCGUCAUCAGUGGAAAUAAAGGAAGAAAUACCCCAACUCACUUAUUCAUUAAAGUCAGAAUUGCCUUGAAUUCAGAGUGCAUUUCAAAACUUAGGUUAGGGAUUGACCGAUAUUGAUUUUUUUUUAGAGCCGAUACCGAUAAUCUGUGAACUUUCAGGCCGAUAGCUGAUAACUUGCCGAUAUUCUGUGCAUUUACCAUUUUGAAUGUAAAACAUUGCAGUUCCAGAAAGACUGCAAUAUUUACAUUGCAACACAAAGUCUGCCUCCAAUGGCUGUCUUCCAGACAGCCACUGGAGGCAUUUCCUGGAUGUUAACAAACUUUUGGUCUGGUACGCUCUGCAUGAGGACACCCAGCAUCAUCUGUUUCACCAUAGGAAAGCAUUGAUUCAAUGCUUUUCUAUGGGGAGGCCUAAUGUGCGCGCAGCACUAACUGCAGAUGCAAAUUAGCGCCAACAGCGAGGGACAUCAGCGCUAAGAUCAGGUAAGUAAAUAAAGGGUUUUAUUCCUUUGUAUUCCUGGCACAAUAGUAUCCAUUUCCUUUCAUUUAAUGUGCCAUCCCUCAUUAAUAUAAGUUAAAGGUAACUGAAGCUACAAAGGUCGACUUAUAAGAUAUGUAACGAAAGUUUUUUUUCAUUUUACUGUUACAAGGUUUUUCCAGAGAUGCUCCCUCAUUUGUAUACGUACCUGCGAUUUGAAUGAUUUAAUUCUGUGCAAUAGCAAGCACAGACGGAUCUACGCUGGUUUAACCCCUGAGCUUCCAUUCAGGCUUGGAAUCUGUAUUUAAGUUGAUCAGAAUGCUGUAAACUUGAAAAAGGUGCAGGUUCCAAAAUAUUAUUAAUUAUAUAUUUUUUUAAAAAUUUACACGAUUCUGUGAUAUUGCAAUAUUUUAUUAUUUUGUAUCUAUAACUCUGGAUUGAUAUUAUAACUGCUGCAAGUUUUGCUAUGUAUGCAGUAUAUUAAUUUGUUCUGUACAUCCUUUUCAGUGUCGCUGAUUUUUUAACCUCUCAGACAGACUAUGGGACCCACAUAUAACAUGUGCACAAUGUUACUUAUCCAGCAGGCACGUUGUUUAUUGCACCUAAGAUCAGUACUUGUAAUAUUUAUAAACUAAGGUUGUGGAGUGUCUUUGUAAUGAGUAACACUGGCAGAAAUUGUGUAGAUACCAUUCAUUUGAGGCUCUGUGGCAGUUAUAUCCGAACGUCACAGAGAGACACUGUCGUUUUUUAACUGCUUGUAAUUGAACCUAGGAAUAAUAAACGUAAAUUGAAUCCCCACGUCUUUCUUUUAAAGGACAACUCACGUCAUUUUGAUCAUAAUUUAAAAAAUAACGGCUCUAAUAUUCGGUGGAACUGCUAAUAAACAUAUUUAUAAGCACAUGAAUAUCUGCAUACUGGGAUAUAGUGGGCGAUUGUAACCAUGCCAAAAGCUGGAAUAUUUGGCCAGGAUUACAGCUGUCCAAACCAGUCCCUCAAAGAGCUGUAAGAUUGGGUGAGGUCCGGAUUUGUACGAGCUGGUCAUGUUCUUAGAAAAAUUACUGAUCUCGGCAAAUCGAUGGACAUUGUCAAACAGUGGUAGGAAAGGGCUUUCUCCAAACUGCUACACAAAUUGAGAAGGACCAACUUGACUCCGUAACGUCUCCGUAACGUGUUUUAAAAUGCUCACAGUGUUAAAGAAACACUCCACAGACUUAAGGCUCUUCCCAAAAUACUUGAUCGCUUAAGUACUUUAUUUGUCUGGAGUCUGUCAUUUUCUUGACAGUCUAAAAAAGUGUCAAUUUCAAUAGAAAUUAUUAUAAGUGAAGGGGAAACCACCCGCCUGUCUGUCACUUAUAGCUAACCGAAGUGGCAUGCAGGCUGUGCUACAGCUCAUUGAAAAGCAUAGGAAAGCCACCAUCACAUGCGUAUGCUCAUUGCUCCAGCAGAGCGGCUCCUCAAUUAAUUAGAAGCCUUUGAUUAGUGUAAACUCUGGCCCAGACUGAAUGCCUCUGUCAGGGAAAGAGGGAGAGCUUUCAGACAGCAGAUCUGUAGCUUUUGCAAGCUGUUUUUUUUAUAUACCCCCCCCCCAAAAAAAAAAAAGUACAAUAAUAAAUACAUGAAUACUGUAUUUGGGGGCAGAUCUACUGAAUUGUUCAACAAAAAUCCACUGGAGUGUUCCAUUGAACAUGUGGAACGAUCUAUUAGAUAUACAGAGUAUUAUCUUGCAGUGGAUCAAGCUCAAGUGCUUUAGGUGUUUGCAACACACAUGAGAACCAUAAUAUAGAUGUUUAUUAACAUCUGGCGAGCCAUUCAACAAGAAGAAAGAAGAUGUAUACAAGACUUAUUUCAAUCACCUUGGAAAAAACUCAAAAAAGUGAUUCCCCCCCCCCCCUUUUUUCAAACCGUGUCCCUUUAAAGCCAUAAUGCUGUUUUGUUGUAUUUUGAUUCUAUCCUUGAUUAAAUCAUCAUCUUUUCCAGUUUCUUCAUUUGCUUGUUAGUACUUGAAUUUGAAGCCAAAACACAAGAAAUACCAUCAAUAAUAUUAUUAACAGACUUCUUAAUUUGUCUUUAAAGGACAACUAUCAUCAAAUUUUCACUUCUCAUUUUUAAAAAAAUAUUAUUACUUUUAAUGAAACCUAAUGUUUUGUUUUCUUAAAAUAUUGUAUUUUGAAUUUUUUAUUUUUUUAAAUCUCACUGUUUUAUCUGGCUGAGCUUGUCAGACUCUACCAAUAUAUGUAUGUCGUACACUUCAAUAAAACAAGAAGAGAAAAUUUGAUGUCAAUUGUCCUUUAAGAAUCAAACUAUUUUCGAAAUGGUUUGUCACUUUCCUGGGUCUCCUAGGCAACAUCACAGAUAUUUUUAAAACGGAAGUUCCCCUUCUGCAUUAUUAUAUCAGUUUUGUCCAUGUUUGGCAGAAUUCAUCGACUGAGAGCCUUAAUUGAUGUUCUCAGCCAAUGGAUUAAGUUGUAAAGGGACACAAUUGGUAUAUGUGAUGCAGAAAGGCAAAUGGCUCUAAAGGAAUAUCGGUGAAAAGGGGUCGGGACAUGGUUCUCCAACUCAAGUUUAUGUCAAAUCAUUUGAAAAUGGUUUUAUACCUAAUCAUGGCAUGGAUACAGGGAUCUCCUGGUAGCAGGUGAUAGUGAUUAUGGUGCCCCUUUAUGAGAUAAACUGAUUGUAGGCUUAUGUCUAUUACUAAAUCAAACCAAAUGUGUUUUUAUUAUACCUAAAUUAAAUGUGAUCUUUAGACUGUUGGAACAAGUGUUUUUUUUUGUGUGUGUGUUUUGUACACUGGCUAGUUAGAUUAAAGGUAACGCCACUGCCUUAAAAUUGAGAUGCCCAAAUUCAAAUCCUGGUCAUACCACCCUACAGUAAGUGUUCUUGGGCAUGAUAUAUACCCACCUACCUCAAAUGCUCAUCGAUAGUAAGUUUGUUUGAUUAGAGACUUCUUCAACCCUUUCAAUAAUUGUACAACACUGCAAAAUAUGUUGGCAAUAUAGAAAUGCCAAUAAUAACAUUUUUGGUGUUCUGAAGAUAAUUUAUAUUCUAUCAUCAUCAUCAUCCGUGUUUUUUGUAAAAUACUAAUUAAUACCGGGUUUCUCAGAGUCAAAACACAAUCUGAACUGUUUGUGUGCAGGAUGAGGUCAGGCCUCAGUCUACUGUCUUUUUUUGUUGGUAUUUUUUUUUUAAACUAAGGAAGUGAAAUAAAAAUAUAUUUAGACGGUUUAUUUUCGUCUCAUGUUCUCAUACGUUCGCUGGUUUAGAAACAGAUCUCUCACUGAGAGCUUUCAUCUUUCAACAAAACCAAAAAUGUACUAUCCAAGAACACAGUUAUCCACAUGCACAUUGCAGAACCCCAGACCAGAGAAUUAAAUCCUGCAAUGCAAUAUACUAACCGAAAAAAGACUAAUCCUGGUCUAUAACAACCAAUUAAACUAUUCUCCUGUAUAUCCCAUACAUCCCAUACUGUCCUAAACCGUGAUAGCCUUUACUGCUUCACCUGAAACACUGACACUGGUAUCGACUACUCUUUUUAUACCUAAAUAUUUUAACUGGAAUUCUAUUAUAAGUAUCUUCUGCUCUUUCUAUAUCACUAAGUUAGCCUUUAUGGUUUCUACUGGAAGGCUGUUCCCACCAUGGUCGAUCCUGCUUGUGAGUCCUUGAGUGUAACAUAUUCAUCUUCACCUUGCGACAUUGAUAGUGAUUGCCUUGCCAACAGGUGCGGUGGUGCCGUUCAGCGGCCAUGCGUCAAUAUGUCUGAUCCCUGCAGCAUGUUGAUGGCCGCCAGCCGCUGUGGGUCUACACCAAUUUGUAACCCCAUGUCCCCCAUGGCAUAGACGACGUCGAAAUAUGCGUGACGUCACGCAAAGGAUGCACACGCACGUUCUGGGGUCAAAGGCCGGUUACGGCCAAUCGAAUCCACAAGAGGGGUAUUUAAACUCAUCUAUUUCUUCAGCUCAUUGCCCCGUCAUGGUUUCCCUCAGUGGUUGUCCGAGAGUGCGUUCCUGAUAGUUUGUUUCUGGUUAUUGACUAUGGCUUCGUUUGACUUCUAUGUAUUCUGGUAUCCUUGACUUUUGGCUUUCCCUCAUCCUGUUGUCUCUUUCUCUUUUUUUUGUAAAUCUGUUUUUAUUGAAAAGUAGUUCAAACAGUCAAUACAUACGUUAAGAAGAUUUGCAGACUGGGACAUGCAGGUCUCCAACAUACCAUCAAUUUGAGGAUACUAAUCACAUCGUGUUAAGGUUCUCGAUUGUGUUGGGAAUCCAAGCUGUAAUUUGGUCCCCCGUUUUUUGGGGGGUUUUUUUUGUUUUUUUUUGGGCUUGUUAGCCGAACCUUUUCCAUGUUUCCCAUUCCGUACCUUUCCUCGGGACACAGAGCACCUAUCUCCGAAACUGGUGUGUGUUCUUAAUAUGCGAUCCUGCCUUAUCUGUUAGUUAUGCUUUGGGUUCGGAGCCUUUGCUGACGAUGUUUGGCGUUUUAUCGUCCCCUUUAAUUUAUUAUGUGCCAUUUUGAUAUGUGUUCCCUUUUAUUCGUUCUAAUGGGGAAGCGGUUGUUACUAUUAUUUGGGGAGUUAUGUGACUGACUUCUAGAAUGGUCAAAGGUGGUGUUCCAAGCUGUUAGGCAUUUUCCCUACUGCUUUUUGCGAUCUGUGUGUUAUGUGUGUGUAUGAUAUGUGCCCACUAGUGGUGGAGGGGUUCUGUUGCGUGAGUUGUAUAUGUGUUGCGUCAACUAUAUGAUGUGGCGCGUUUUCGGUGGGGGGUAGUUCUCCCUUCUGUAUAUCAGAUUCUCCUCAGUCUUUCCUAAUCAAAGUAUGGGUGUGAGGAGAUCAGGGGUAGAUGUGGGAUGGAGAUAGAGUUGGGGGAGCAGUGUGUGUGCCGUUCCCACCUCUGGGGUCCCCCCCAGUUUGCGGGUAUUGAGAAAUAUACAUAAACAAGGGUUGCCAUGCUUCCGCGUGUUUGGUUUCCCUGCCCGUCAGGGAUGCAUGGAUUGCCUCCGCCCCCUGCAUGUCCUCCACUCGCCUGAUCCAUUCCUCCUUCGUCGGGAUCUCUGUCUUUUUCCAAUAGGCCGGUAUGGAGGCCCGUGUUGUCUCUUUCUGUGUCUCCGACCUCGGCAAGUAUUCUGACUAUUCUUGGGUACGUUAAGUCUGGCCAUUCUAAGGCCCGGUAAGACGUUACCUAUUAGUCCUAGGUGUGACACAGUUCUACGUGCUAGAUCAACUAGUAAUCCUGACAUUGAGAAGUUUGCACUGAAUUCUAUAGGGUUUCAGUCCAGAAUUCCAAUUGGCUGGAGAUUUAAACCCAAGCAUUUACAAAGUAUGGGAAGGUUCCAGGAUGUACAGGCUGCUCUUUAGGAGGGCCACAUAUCAGGGUCUAAGACGAACAUAACAUGAUGGGGCUUGUAAUACGUCACCAAGAGGAGAUUUACGUUUUGGCCAUCUCUUGCAUUUAAGGAUAUUUCAAGCAUAUAUUUUUGUGGUGUUUUCUUUUUUGCUUUUUUUUUGUACUUUACAUAGAAAUUAGUAUGAAAUGUAUGUAGGAUUAUUUCAAACAGUGUCUCACAGCUCUCCACAGGUGACUAAAUUCACUAUGUUGCUGACAUUUACGUUGCAGUGUCAAUAGUCAGUGUGGACACAAAGUGAAAAACAUCCUAAUAAGACUCAUGUAUGUGUAUGUGGAUAUACAACUUAUCCAUAAAAUAUUGCAAUAUGGCAAAGGGAACACAUCACUUAACUGUGUGAUGCCAAGAACGGGCUGAGCAGUUAGAGAAAGGAAGGAGUUAAUGAGGACAAGGUCUGAAGAAAGCCUGGUGGGGGGUUGAUGUCACUGUGGUGCAUGGCAUUGGCGUGAUAAACAAUAAUUAUCUCUCUUUCAUUCUUCUUAAUACUGGCAUCUACUUCCGAUGCCAGCUAAUCCUCAACCUACAUUCAACUGCAUUGCCAUCAGUCUACUCCAACGUGACAUCAUUCACACUUCCAUCAUCAUAUAUGUCUUCCCUGACCUUGCCAUCAGUUUACUCCACCAUGACAUCAUUUCCACCUCCAUUAUUCUAUCCCUUCACUGACCUUGCCAUCAUGCUACUCCACCAUGACAUCAUUCCCACCUCCAUCAUCCUAUCUCUUUCCUGACCUUGCCAUCAGUCUACUCCACUAUGACAUCAUUCCCACCUCCAUCAUCCUAUCUCUUUUCUGACCUUGCCAUCAGUCUACUCCACCAUGACAUCAUUUCCACCUCCAUCAUCCUAUCUCUUUCCUGACCUUGCCAUCAGUCUACUCCACUAUGACAUCAUUCCCACCUCCAUCAUCCUAUCUCUUUUCUGACCUUGCCAUCAGUCUACUCCACCAUGACAUCAUUUCCACCUCUCUCGUCCUAUCUCUUCCCUGACUUUGUAAUCAGUCCACUCCAUCGUGAGAUUAUUCCCUUCCUCCUUCCCUCUAAUGCUCACAUUGCAGAGCAAUCUCUCCUUUCUCAGUACUUCUCAGUAUUUCCUUAAUUUUCUUCACUUCCCUCAUAUCUGCUAAACCCAAUCAAAUCACUCUUUCCCACCUCCCAAUCUUUCUCUCUUUGCCUGUCUCACUUCUCCUGGUACCAUCUCUCCAUUACAUCAACCCCUCUCCUUCCCACCCCUCAUCACUCUCCCUGUGGUCCUUCUUCCAACUACCUACACAAUCUCCCCUCAACUCUCUAUUACCCCCACAAAUCUACUUCUCCAUCAUACCACUCCACCUCACUGCUUCCUAACUCUCCUGCUGUCUUUACCCAACACUAUUCGACCAUCUGUUAUCUUCAAACAUCUGCUAGAAAACCAUACAACCAACAGUCCUCUUAUCCCACUUUUCUUAUUUAUCCCAAAUUCCUCCACCCUACCUCUUUUAUCUUCUCACCUGCUAAUCUCCCCUGCUCCAUUCAUCGUCUUCUACUUCUCUUCUUACUUCCUCAUCACCUCUUUUUUUUCAUUGAUCACUCAAAUAACCAUCCUUCUCUCCUCUUCUCCCCAACUUCCACUUCUCUUUCCCUUCAUUCUCUUCUAAUUUUCCUUCCAGUCCUUUCCACAACCCUUAAAUCCUUUCCUUGGCAUGUUUCCACCUUUCGCUGUCUAUCUCAGUCCCCUCUUCCCUCCUUCACAGCUCGCCAUAUCUCUUGUACCCCAAUCUUUCUCCCACUAGUAAUUCCCCCUUGCUGAUUACCCCUCCCCCCCUUUGCUAAGCCACCCUACUGCUCUGUAUCUCCGGCCCCCACCACACUGCUGAGCUCCCAUGCGUCAGUUUCCUUGCUUCUUCCUCCUUGUGGUUGGAAAAUUUACUGUUAUGAAAUAACUUGUCACUGAAUUUUCCAUCAUGUGACUUUUCACAACUCAGCCACAACCACCCAUCCCUUUCGACUAAACUUUUUUGGCCAUUUACAGCACCACAUCACACACAGUGCAACACGUAUUCUAUAGAGUGUCACAACAUGCAAAAUCAUGUACCUUGUCUUAACACACGCACAAUAGACGUCAGGGAUCAGGUUAAGGGCCAGGCUUGAAAAUUAGGGUAACUUUUCCUAAAUGCAAAACUUAAUCUGAAACUGUAAUGCGAAUUUAUUACAAGGAUAAAGAAUACUUUAUAAAAAAACAUAUGCAUUUUAUCAGUCCAUAUCCAUGGGUACAUAGAUACAUGUAGAACAAUAUGACUAUUAUAGAUGUGUCUACUGUGUCAUAUAUUUACAUGAUAUGACAGCUGCUUUCCCAAGCAAUACUGUAAAAAAAAAAAAAAAGUUUCUACGUAAAGUUAUACAGAAAUACCAUAAAUAGACUGAUAUUAGUGACAGAUUUCAAAGUUACUGGAAGAAAAAAAAUAAUAUAAGAGCUUAAAAAAAAAAAAAAGACUAAUAAUAAUGACCGUUACUACCAUUACCAUAAUUCACAUAAAAAAGAAGUGAAAACUGUUUGUUUUUUAUUAGUAAGUUAAUUUGGAAAUUAUGUUGUUAACCUUUAGCCUAGAGAAUUAAAUACAAUGAGAUUUAUAAGUCACAUUUGAGAUUUAUGACUACUUUAAACAUUUGUACACAGCUAAAUUUUCUACACUUCAUUAAUACAACUAUCCUCUAGCACCACAGCUAAUGCUUAAAAAGGCACAGACAGGGCACUUUAUGCAAACGAACUUCCCAACAUUCCUUUGUGUUACAAAAUAUUAGGUUUAGUGCCCAUGAUUUUCUAUCCUGUCUGUAGCAGAGACUACGUACUACUGCUUCUGAGUGCAAACAAAUGACAACCUGGCUGUGAGUCCUCUACAUAAUGAAGUUUUGGAAAACCUGUAAAUGAUAGCAAACUACACUUGAAAUGUGUCAUGUGUUGCAGUUGACCGAUAAGUCAUCACUCUGUGUAGCCAUGCUUGAAAACGUGUGAGUAGGUUGAUUUCAUAGAAAUAAAUAAUAGGCAUAAUUAAAAAAAAGCAGAGUUGGUUAUUGGGUUGUCAGUAGAUGGAAGAUAAUUUUUAUUUAUACUACUACUGACACUCUCUGGAAACGUUGCAUAACUUCCAAUGUCCCCUGAUGGUGACGGGAAGAAGGGCAAGCAAAGGUGAGUUUUACAUACCUGAACCUGUCCCUCAUGGGCCCUGCCAUCCUACGGGUCCCUUUCUGCUCCUGGCGUUUCAGCUGCCAGGAUCCCACGUCACUGCUGUACUCUCGCGCAUGCAUGUUGGAUCUUCCAUAAUUAAAGCUAAUUUUCCUGCAGCCAUCAAUGCUGUUCAGUGAAAUUCCAACACAAUCAAUAUAAGUAUUUCAUAAAGUUUCUAUCUUUAUCAAAUACCAUUUUGCAGGGAGUGGGGUGAUAUAAACAGCAAUAUACUAAGCUGAAUUCAUUAUAAAACAUGAGCAUUUGCAGAACCUUAAUUAUAAAUAUGACGCCUAUUUGUGGUACUAGAAUGGGUAGACUCAUGUCUAGAGGAGCUAGACUUCCCUCUUCUGGCCAGAUAUGGAACUUUGCUUAACCUUCCUACUUCACAUUCCAGGUGUUCACUACUCUUUAAAUAACAUUGUUGGCUUUUAACGCAUCCUCUGGAAUGUUAGUCUAGGUAUCUACUACUUUAUUAAAUAACAGCUUUUACCACUUUCAAUGAAAGGCUGCUACAGACACAGGAGCUAAAUAAACUUUCAAUGAGGAUCAAUGAAGCAUGUCACAUUUUCAUAUUGUUAUCAAUAUGACCCACUCUCCUCCCUGCAUUUCCUGAUUAACCCACUUGAUGUUACAAUAAGACUGCGGUUAAUAAUUACUGUUUAUAGCAGACAUCGUUUCUUGCUUUCCUAGCAGACGUUGUUUUCUCGGUGGUAGAUAGCGCUGUGGGAUGUUGUGUAAAGCUCAUAAUCUUGUAGUAUGAGCAUGAAAACAAAAUGACCGAAUGCAACGCAGUUAGUGAUAAUGACAUUUAGUCCAUAAAGCCUCACUCGCCCUAUACUCUAGGAAUAAUUGCCAGGCUAUGUAGAGGGAAAGAAUUCUCUGUCAGAAACUACUGGUCACUGAUUAAUUGCCUGUAAGUCAGCUGAAAAUGUUGUCUCACCCUCUGCUUCCAAACACUACAGGGAGUUUCAAUGGGUCGUACAAUUCCUACAGUCAGGGAGAGUUCAGGAUGUUGUAAUCAAUGUUAGCAUUACAUUAGCAGUGACUGAUAAAGAUUUUGAUAAGAAUUUAAAAUAUCUUUAUUGAGAAAUGUAUGAUUUCACUGUAUUUACUGUAUGUGGGCAGUAUGCUUAAAUGCAGACAUUAUUUUUGUAUCCUGCUGCCAUUUUUAGUAAGCUGUGCUGCAAGUAAUGCAUUUAAGGUGCUUACAAAUACCUGUAAGCAAGAUAUUUAACAUUUUUGUUUAUCUAUUUGUGUCACAAUUUCUUGAAAACGUGAAAAUUGCAUUUUUUUCAAAAAUAGUUAAAGGGUAAAGAAGAAACAUUAUGUAGAAAGUGUAAUAAUUCACAGAGAAUAAAUGAAGUUCCAACACUAACUAACGUGAGCAUUACCAGGAAUUAGGCCAAAACAGUCAAACUGAAAACAGAAUUAAAUUGGAGAAUAAUUCUAAUUUGGCUACUUUGGUCUAAAUUUUGAAAUCCUCUUUGAAUUCCUUGAAAUGUUUACUUUAUUGAAUAGCACUGCAAAAUGUGCAGUCAUAAUUCACAAUAAUUCCUAAUAACCCUUAUGAUGGCAUUUUAUCUGCAGUCAGUUUUCCAUCCCAUGUAUGUCUCCAUCUUUGCAUCUAGUAUUAGACCCUCUCUGAAAUAAGUGCAACUAUGUAAUUUGCACGCCAUUUUUAUUUUUAUUUAUUUAUUUAUUUAAUGUGAGAUGAGUAAUACCUACAAAUGGGUAAUUCUCAUACUUGUUUAAUAUCUAGCUUUUUGACCCCUUAAGGACCAAACUUCUGGAAUAAAAGGGAAUCGUGACAUGUCACACAUGUCAUGUGUCCUUAAGGGGUUAAAUGUAUUGUGGUUUUUUUUUUAACCGCAACCUUAUUGUCGUCGUUCCUCAGAAUAUGAUUUAAAAUUAAAGAAAUCUCAGUGUAUUCUAUCAAACACUUUCUAAAUACAUAAAACAGCAUUAACAUAUUCCUGUAGCACUAAAUACGUUAAGAGGGGGAUAAAAUGAGUAAGUCGCUAGGCAACUGUUUGCAGGCAUUCUGACUUGUACAAUAAAGAGGAAUAGGAUAGAGAGGUUUACCAUAGAGAGCUAUGCAUCUAUUAGACACAAUGCAGGUUUAGUAUUUUUUUUGUUUGUUUAAACUAAAUUGUAGUGAAUUAAAAUAUUUGCCUCCUUUGAGACUUCAAUAUAAACCUUUACUUUGAUGUUUGUUGUCAUGGUCUCUCCCCAGAAGAAUUUUGUUUUUAUUUAUUUUGGCAUUUAAUAUUUUUUACAUGAAAAUAAUAUCUACAUAGAGUUAUUCAUUAUUCAUUACUUGUGAAAUUAGUGGAAAUAGUUAAAUUGAUAAAAAUCUAAAUUCUAACAGUGUGCCAAUUCUACAACUUUGGCUAUUUUGACCAAAUAUUUGAAAUUUCCCGAUUAGUUACCAGUUUAUUGAUUUACUUUAUGAGAUUUGUCAUGUUCUCAAGAUGGUCCAGAGAUGCAGAAACACACCUUCCAAGUGUUUCUAUUAAGGAGGAACAGUCCCUAUUUUGGGUCCACAACCCACUUUUUCAUGUCUCUUAGGAGCUACACGUGGUUGGUGUGUCUGAGUGUAUAGCAGAGCUUCACAGCAAUAAUACUCCCAGCAAUGUGUCUGAGUGUAUUACAGAGCUCCACAGCAAUAAUACUCCCAGCAUUGUGUCUGAGUGUAUAACAGAGCUCCACAGCAAUAAUACUCCCAGCAUUGUGUCUGAGUGUAUUACAGAGCUCCACAGUAAUAAUAUUCCCAACAUUGUGUCUGAGUGUAUUACAGAGCUCCACAGUAAUAAUACUCCCAGUAAUGUGUCUUUAAACUACAAUAAAUGUGUUUAGAAAUCAGUUUGUGUAAAUAAGAUACAUUGUUCUUGUUCUAAAUUAUAUUUUAGUUGCAUAAAUUGUUAUUAGUAAGUCACAAAAAUAUGACCCACACUCACAUAGCUAAAAUUAAAGUGUCCCUCUUUGAACAUUUGAAAUGUUGGGGGGAAUGCAGAAACGAUAAAGUCUUUUUAAAAAAAAACAAAAACAAAAACAUUUACAGAAUAAUGAUUAACAAGUAUUACAGGUUUUGUUUAAUUGGAGAAUUGGAGUUAGAGAGAGAAGACAAGAUCAUUCUCUAGAGAUUUGAAGGGCUAUUCACUAAAGAGAGAAAUUGGUGGGAAUUCACAGAGAAUUUCAAAUUUAAGGUUAAAUUCUCCAUGUCAGCUAUUCUUCCAGUUCAGCUACUUUGUCCUUAAAUCUGAAAUCCACUUUUAAUUUCCAACAAUUUUAACUUUGGUAAAUAACCGUGCUGAUGUUUUCUGGAAGGACGUGGUGUUCAAUAUGAGAAAAUGCAUUGACCGCUUCCUUAUUAUAGCAGGGAACAGAGAGUAAGGUACUGUAAGCAAUCCUUCAAAUUAAUGGGCUAUGGGGAGUAAGGCUGAUAUUGCCUGGGUGAAAUGGGAACUUCCUGGACGUGUGGGUAGGAACCUGGCAAGAUAAGUCAAAGGUAAACCUACAACUGAGUUUUUGUCUUAGAAACAUCGAAACAUAGAAUGUGACGGCAGAUAAGAACCAUUCGGCCCAUCUAGUCUGCCCAAUUUUCUAAAUACUUUCAUUAGUCCCUAGUCUUAUCUUAUAGUUAGGAUAGCCUUAUGCCUAUCCCACGCAUGCUUAAACUCCUUUACUGUGUUAACCUCUACCACUUCAGCUGGAAGGCUAUUCCAUGCAUCCACUACCCUCUCAGUAAAGUAAUACUUCCUGAUAUUAUUUUUAAACCUUUGUCCCUCUAAUUUAAGACUAUGUCCUCUUGUUGUGGUAGUUUUUCUUCUUUUAAAUAUAGUCUCCUCCUUUACUGUGUUGAUUCCCUUUAUAUAUUUAAAUGUUUCUAUCAUAUCCCCCCUGUCUCGUCUUUCCUCCAAGCUAUACAUGUUAAGUUCCUUUAAACAAAAUUAUUAUUUUUACAUUAUUUUAGUUGUAAUACGUCACAAUGACGAGUAGUGUAAUCCCAAUUAUGAAAAAUUAUAGAGAAUGUUCCAUAUACUGAAACUGAUAAUUACAGCGUUUAAAAAGGGUUGGCUUCUGAAUAAAGCACCAGAUAUUGUAUCCAAACGUCUCGAGUCCAAAUGAAAGGUUGAUGUCUAACCACAGUUUAAGCUAUAUAGAGGAGCUAGUUUGAUAACAGAGGAUUUUAUGCUGCGUGUUUUGUGCCAUGGGUUCUGCAAUCUUAGUAUAAUGAUCUUUUGGAUUUAUUUCUUCUUCAAUUGUAAAUUCAUCUAAUUUUUAAAAUUGUAUAUAUUGCAAUAUAUUCGCAACAACUUGCUGAUUUUAGCCAAAAGUGGGUGAGAUUGAUUACAAUUUCACUUGAACUGGAGACUGGUUUCAAAUCAGCUAUUGCGGCCUCCAUUUUACAAGUCACGGGUAAAUUCGCCAUGUCUGCCCCCCCAUUAUAUACAUUGUUUAGCUAAGCAGUAUUUUAUUUUGUGGUCAAACAGAGCCACCUAGUGGAAAAUGGGAUAAUCACUACGAGCACAAAUAAUGCACAAUAAGAAAGCCAGUGAUUUGAAGGAAUUUAUUUUAAAAAGUUCCAGGUUGUGGAUCAAAACAUUAUUAAAGUGCAUACAUUUUAUUAUUUUCUUUUUUCUUGUAUAAUAAUAAUAAUAUUAAUAAAAAUUGACCAUUUAUUUAAUUCGGAGUAUUUGAUGGGAUUCCACCCAUAAGAACUUGUUUUUGUAAAUGUGUCUGUUUCAUACAAUUACCCAUAAUUGCCAAAAAUAAAAGUGAUAUUAAAUGCUGGUUUAGUAAUGAUGUUCCUUUAGAAGUCCAGCUGGGUUGAAAUUGAUAUCCUAUAGACUUUCAUAAUAGCUGUGUUACAUACAUUAUCAAUAAAUUAACUAUAUAUAAAGAGAAAUGUUAACAACAUGAAAAUUCUAUUUAUGGUUGUGUGGCAUAAUGAAUGGAAUGGAAUGGAGAUAUGGUACAACAGGGGUUUAUGUUAAUCAGUAGAGUAGAUGCUAUAGGAACAGAGAGAGGUUAUAUGGAGUAAUAGGAGGAGUUAUAGGGAGAGGUUAUAUGGAGUAAUAGGAGGAGUUAUAGGGAGAGGUUACAUGGAGUAAUAGGAGGAGUUAUAGGGAGAGGUUAUAUGGAGUAAUAGGAGGAGUUAUAGGGAGAGGUUAUAUGGAGUAAUAGGAGGAGUUAUAGUGAGAGGUUAUAUGGAGUAAUAGGAGGAGUUAUAUGGAGAGGUUAUAUGGAGUAAUAGGAGGAGUUACAGGGAGAGGUUAUAUGGAGUAAUAGGAGGAAUUAUAGGGAGAGAUUAUAUGGAGUAAUAGGAGGAGAUAUAAGGAGAGGUUAAAUGGAGUAAUAGGAGGAGUUAUAUAGAGACGUUAUAUGGAGUAAUAGGAGGAGUUAUAUGGAGUAAUAGGCGUUAUGGAGUAAUAGGAGGAGUUAAAAAGAGGGUUAUGUAAAUCAAUAGGAGGGGUUAUAAGGAGUUAUAGGGAGAGGUUAUAUGGAGUAAUAGGAGGAGUUAUAGGGAGAGGUUAUAUGGAGUAAUAGGCGUUAUGGAGUAAUAGGAGGAGUUAUAGGGAGAGAUUAUAUGGAGUUAUAGGAGGAGUUAUGGGGAGUGUUGUAUAGAUAUUAUAUUGAGUAAUACAACCAGAUAUAAGAAACUUUAUAUGGAGGAAUAAGUGAAGUUACAUGUACAUGUUAAAUAGGGUAAUGGAAGGGGUUACAGGUAGAGAUUAUAUAUGGUAAUGGGAGGGGUACAUGUAGCAGUUAUAUUGGGUAAUGAGAGGGGUUAUAGGUAGAGGUUAAAGCAAUGAUUAUAUGAAGUAAUAGGGGGAGUUAAGAAGCCAUAGGACAAUAGGAGAUGUUCUGGUAGAAGGGUUUAUGAUGCAAAAUGAAGUUGCCCGAUGACCUUACAUAGAAUUAAAACAUUUAAUAUUGUUCUUUAUUUCCACAGGUGGUAUCAUGGCUAUGUCUCCGGCUCUGACUCUGAAAGGCUGCUACAGGACCAGGGCGAGCCAUGGACAUUUCUUGUGAGAGAGAGUCGCAGUAACCCCGGAGACUUUGUGAUCUCCGUUCUGACCGAGGAGCAGAGAGAUGGACAUUACAAAGUAACGCACAUCAAAAUAUACUGCCAGGUAUAAUCUGUGUAUAGCUUGCAAUGUACACUGAUCACGGGAGGGAUAGGGAGGAGGGCAUAUGGGUUAUUGCAUAUCCUGGCCAAUAGCAUACACAGGUUGUGGGCUGCCACCGAUCCUAUAAUACAAAUUUAUACACCCUCUAUAAUGUGCACCAAUCCUAUAGUAUGAAUCUAUAUACCCUCUAUAUUGUGCACCCAUACUAGAAUACAAAUCUAAAUACCCUCUAUAUUGUGCACUGAUCCUGUAAUACAAAUCUAAAUACCCUCUAUAACGUGCACCGAUCCUAUAAUACAAAUCUAAAUACCCUCUAUAAUGUGCACCGAUCCUAUAAUACAAAUCUAAAUACCCUCUAUAACGUGCACCGAUCCUAUAAUACAAAUCUAAAUACCCUCUAUAUUGUGCACCGAUCCUAUAAUACAAAUCUAAAUACCCUCUAUAAUGUGCAUCGAUCCUAUAAUACAAAUCUCUAUAGCCUCUAUAAUGUGCACCGAUCCUAUAAUACAAAUCUAAAUACCCUCUAUAUUGUGCACCGAUCCUAUAAUACAAAUCUAAAUACCCUCUAUAUUGUGCACCGAUCCUAUAAUACAAAGCUAAAUACCCUCUAUAAUGUGCCCCGAUCCUAUAAUACAAAUCUAAAUACCCUCUAUAAUGUGCACCAAUCCUAUAAUACAAAUCUAAAUACCCUCUAUAUUGUGCACCGAUCCUAUAAUACAAAUCUAAAUACCCUCUAUAUUGUGCACCAAUCCUAUAAUACAAAUCUAAAUACCCUCUAUAAUGUGCAUCGAUCCUAUAAUACAAAUCUAAAUACCCUCUAUAAUGUGCACCAAUCCUAUAAUACAAAUCUAAAUACCCUCUAUAAUGUGCACCAAUCCUAUAAUACAAAUCUAAAUACCCUCUAUAAUGUGCACCGAUCCUAUAAUACAAAUCUAAAUACCCUCUAUAAUGUGCACCGAUCCUAUAAUACAAAUCUAAAUACCCUCUAUAAUGUGCACCGAUCCUAUAAUACAAAUCUAAAUACCCUCUAUAAUGUGCCCCGAUCCUAUAAUACAAAUCUAAAUACCCUCUAUAAUGUGCACCAAUCCUAUAAUACAAAUCUAAAUACCCUCUAUAUUGUGCACCGAUCCUAUAAUACAAAUCUAAAUACCCUCUAUAAUGUGCCCCGAUCCUAUAAUACAAAUCUAAAUACCCUCUAUAAUGUGCCCCGAUCCUAUAAUACAAAUCUAAAUACCCUCUAUAAUGUGCCCCGAUCCUAUAAUACAAAUCUAAAUACCCUCUAUAAUGUGCACCAAUCCUAUAAUACAAAUCUAAAUACCCUCUAUAAUGUGCCCCGAUCCUAUAAUACAAAUCUAAAUACCCUCUAUAAUGUGCACCGACCUCCGUAAUACUAAUAAUAUGAUUUCCAUACUCUCUGUGUGAGAUCACUGGAGUUACUAUAUUUUUGCUUAUGUAAGGACCACACAGCAUACAACCCAUUGGUGAUUCACGCUCUCUCUGCAGGGCGGCAAAUACACUCUCGGAGAUGUCAAGUUUGAUUCCCUUACUGAUCUCAUAGAGGAAUACAGGAAGAAACACAUAGAGGAAAUGUCUGGGACCCAUGUGUUCUUGAAAAAGGUGAGUGUGAGCACUAGCAAGCAGUGUGUGCAGCUCUUUAACAUCAAAUGCCAAGGAUCCCCAGUAAUCUCUGUUUCGGGGUUUCCACUGCUCCUAAACCUUUCGCUGCCACCGACCUGGGCUACACAAUUUGCCCCACUCAGUGUACACACUGGGGAAUAUUUAUUAACAGAAUUCUAUAGCAGUUACCAUUAUCAAAUUCAGCCUUUCUUUAUUUGUUUUGCUGUUGAUCCAAAAAAGGGCAAAAAAACCCAGUUUGAAGCAUUUCCAAUGUUUCAACAAACUAGGAAAAAAUUCCUUCUCAAACCCAAAAUGGCAGUCAGAUCUCUCCAUGGAUCAAGAAGCUGUAACCCCACUUAUUAAAAGUUAUAUGAAUCUUGUAUUUUUGCAAGUGUUCAUCCCGUUGCUGUUUAAACUUCUGCACAGAGUCUAAUAGGUGAUAAAAUUCCACAUCCUUAUUGUAAAAAAUCCUUUCCUUUGCCUUUGCCUAAAUCUCCAGUUUAAAUGCGUGACUUUGUGUCCUAUGUACAGUCCUGUUUAUGAAUAGAUUUCCAAACAAUGGUUUUUAUUGGCCCCCAAAUAUAUUUGUAUAAUGUUAUCAUAUCCCAUCUCAGGUGACGUUUUACUAAACUAAACAGAUUUAAUUUUGUUAACCUUUCUUCAUAGCUGAUAUGCUCCAUUCCUUUUAUUAAUUGUUUAGCCCGCCUCUGCACUUUUUCUAGUGCCAUAAUAUCCUUCUUUAGAACAGGUGCCCAAAAUUGCACAGCAUAUUCAAUAUGUGGUCUUAUCAGUGAUUUAUAAAGAGGCAAAUGAUAUUCUCAUACCGAGAAUUAAUGCCCUUUUUUUAUACAUGACAAUACCUUAUUGGCUUUAGCCACUGCUGAUUGAGAUUGCACAUUGUUGCCUAGUUUUGUUAGCCCUAAUUCAAUACGGUUUAGGGUAUACGUUGCUUGUGCAUUCUUUACCAGAUGUAUGCCCUUUACCCUGGUGUGUAAUAACAAUUGGUUGACAUCCCCUGUUUUCAGAUUAUACUUAGUGAGCUAACUGAGCCAGUUUCAGCUUGUAAUGGCUCUGUUGGUUUCUGUACGUAAAAAAAGCCGGUCAGGUAUUAAAGUGAUAGAUUCAGUUUCGGUGAAUUUAUGUCCCUUUUGAUCUAACCUCCUGUAAAGUUCUGUAUUUAAAUGAUAGUAGACUUCAUGUAGUGUUAAAAAUAAUUAAGAAUACAUUUUGUAAAACACCUUAAUCAGACCCUUCCCAGUUUGAGUCGUUUUUAUUGCUUUUUGGAAACUCCAUAUUGUGCGUAGUAAGCUUUGCGAGAAUUCCUGCUUACAUGUGGAGAUGUAACCAACUUGAAACCUCAUCUCGCUCUGAUUUGGGUUGGAAAUGACUUUGUAAAAAAUGUCUAACCUUUAAUUGAAGUAUAAUGUGUUGACAUGGUCAUUCUCUGUUCUUUCAGCCGUACUAUUCCACCAGAAUUAAUGCAGCUGACAUAGAAAACCGCAUGAAAGAACUGGAUAAAAAAUUAGACAAACAGGAGACCUCAAAGGCUGGGUUUUGGGAAGAGUUUGAUGUAAGUAGCUGACAAUGUUAUAGCAGAAAGUAUACUUCUUCUAUCUAUCUAUCUAUCUAUCUACCUAUCCACCUAUCUAUAUUUGUUAUAGAAAUUUUUGGCAGUAUAGCAGUUGCCGGCUGUUUAGCAGUUUCCAGCAGUAUAGCAGUUGCCGACAGUAUUGCAAUUGUCAGCAGUUUAUCAGUUGCCAGCAGUUAAGUAUUUUCAGGCAGUUUAACAGAUGCCAUAAGUAUUGUACUUGCUUGUUAUUUAUUAUUUAUUUAUAACUGUUGCUGCUUGAUUAUAACAGCUGCCAGCAGUAUAUUAAUUAGUGUAUAUUAAUUAUGUAAUUGUAAAAAAUUAGACAAACAGCAGACCUCAAAGGCUGGGUUUUGAGAAGAAUUUGAUGUAAGUAGCUGACCAUGUUAUAGCAGAAAGCAUACUUCUUCUAUCGAUCUAUCUACCUACCUAUCUAUAUUUGUUAUAGAAAUUUUUGGCAGUAUAGCAUUUGCCGGCUGUUUAGCAUUUGCCGGCAGUAUAGCAUUGGCCGGCAGUAUAGCAUUGGCCGGCAGUGUUGCCGGCAGUAUAGCAGUUGCCGUCAGUUUAGCAGUUAUCGGCAGUAUUGCAAUUGCCAGCAGUAUAGCAGUUGCCGGCAAUAUUGCAAUUGCAUAGCAGUUGCCGAUAGUGGAGCAGUUGCCGACAAUAAAGCAGUUGUCGGCAGUAUUGCAAUUGCCAGCAGUUAAGUAUGUGCAAGCAGUUUAACACAUGCCAUGAGUAUUGUACUUGCUUGUUAUUUAUUAUUUAUUUAUAAAUUUUGCUGCUUGUUUAUAACAGCUGCCAGCAGUAUAUUAAUUAUAUAAUAGUUUUUUAAAUGGAAUUUACCAGGAGUAAUACAUUUUCUCAUUAUGUUAGAGAGUGUUAUUACUAUAAUUGUUGUGUGGAUGUGCACUUUCUGUUCUUUAUUAUACUACUCAAAUUUGAUCUUUCACUUUAUUCAGUGGAUUCCUGAUGUCUGUCUUUCCCAACAGGAUUAUCUUUUAUCGCUAUCUCUUUCUGUCUGUUUCCUUCUUUCUUUCCGCUUCCUGUCCCAAUAUUUCCUUCUUUUCCAAUGUCUUUCCCUGUCUCUUUAUAUCUAUCCUCCCUCUCUCUUGUGUCUCCCUCUUCCUUUCCUUAAUUUCUCUUUUCCUCUGUGCUGCUCACAUUGAAUUCUUGGAUGCAUGGCAUUACCAGAUAGUCAAAGAAUAUGGUAUCUUCACUCUGUUUUACUCUAGUAAUCAAGUUUUUCCUUCUUCUAUGGACCUCCUCUCUCCAAUCCAAAGCUUAUUUCACCUUUUCCAAUCUGUCCUCGCGCAGGCUCUUCAGAAGCAGGAAUCCAAGUUACUCUAUGACAGAAAAGAAGGUCAAAGACCAGAAAACAAGAGCAAAAACCGAUACAAGAACAUCCUACCCUGUGAGUGAUCGCAUUGCCUGCCCUGCUACUAGACCUGCUCAUACCAACUGAUCUUUAACCCAUCCCUAAUUCUGACCCAAUCAUCAACAUCACUCUUUCUUUGACCAAUACUGAAGGUUAUAUUGAUCUUGAUCCUUUCUUACACCAAAUUUUAUUCUGACCCCAAUUUGUCACGAUCUCGAUCCUUUGCCCCAAAUCACCUUUUCUCCUUCAUGACCAUAUCAGUCAGUAUCACUCCUUCCUCUUCACUCAAUUAUUGCACUUUGUUCCUUCACUUUCAUUCGCUAUCUUAAUCUAUUCUCAUUUCGUUGAGUUCUUCCAUCCACUAAUUCCUCACUCUUUCUCCCCCUUCUUCAGUUGACCACACACGAGUUAUAUUAAGAAGCAGAGACAAGAAUAUUCCUGGAUCAGACUAUAUCAACGCCAAUUAUGUGACGGUGAGAGAUGUUAUUGGAUUAGAGAGACAGAGAAUAGGAACUUAAAGCUGUCCAUAAAUUGGAGAGAUACAGGGGAUUUGUACACUAAAACGCAUGUAAUGGUGACACGAGAGUGGACAAAACUGAGAGAGGAAUAGUGUCCAAAUUGGUUAAAUGUCAUUAUAAUUCACUUUUUGUGAAUAACCCCUAAUGACUGGCGCGCUGUGGGGUAUGAAUGUUGGGAUUCUUAGUAAUAAUUCCAUAAUAUGUCAAUAGAAGCUGAUAUUUGCAGAUGGCAUAAAACUAGGAAAGGUAGCAAAAUGUGUGCAGGCGAUUGUCUACAGAAAGGUAACUGUUAGGAAAAACGCAAAUGAGAAGGACUUUGGAGACACACUGGGGAACAAAGUACAAUGUCAUCGGCCCUGAUGCAUACAGUAAAUACAUAGUGGAGAAACAGAAGCAUUAUUUCAUUUAUCCUCUUAUCCUUAUACUGUCUGCCAGAUGUAAAGGACGGACCUUAUAACAAUGAUUGACACAAAGCUAAAAUGGAGGCACACCGUUGUAGUGCAGACGUGUGGAUUUCUGCAUUACAUUUUAUUUUCACAUCUCACAAAUACAAAUCAGUUAAAUAUAGAGGAUGAGUAAAUGUAAUAUUACACAUUAUUGGAAGUAACUGCUCUCCUUUUAAGGACUAAGGCAUUUUAUGAUGACAUCACUAUCUGAUCCUUAAAGGGACACUCCAGACCCCUAAAGCACUUUAGCUUGCUGAAAAGCUUUAUGUGUGUAGAGCAGUGGUAGUCAACCUUUUUCCACUUACCGCCCACUAAUGCAUCUUUCUUGAUGGAAAAAUUUCCUUACCGCCCACCAGUUUUCGCGCAAGCGCGGAAUAUUUUUUAGAAAGGAGGGUGUUUUAAAAAAUACAUAAAUGAACGUACAUUUAUCUUUUUAUUUCUACUUUAUGCAUGUUUAUAAUGUUUUUAACUUUAUAAAGUUUAAUGAGGAAGCAAUAAAGUAAAUUGAGCUUACCUUUACUAGUGAUUAAUGAGAUCCUUGAGGUUGAUGCUGCGAGACUAAAUAUUUGAUAUCUGGUUCGAUUUUCAUAAGGAACAAACGAAGGUCUCCUCUUUCAGUGAUAAUCGGAAGACUUCUUUGUUUGCUCAUAAAAUGAUUUCUCAUCUGUGCGUCAGCUCCCCUCCUCUCCCUCCUCAAUUCCCCUUCCCACCUUUUUCCCCUUUUUUCUAUUUUUUAACCUUCCUUAUAGCAAUGCCCAGUAGGAAGGCUGAGCUAGGUAGCCCACUUACUAUUAUUAGUCAACAACAAUUCUCUCCUUUUCCUUUUCUUUCCUUCUCCUUUUUUACAAGUACUCUACUCCUUCUUUCCUCUAUACUAGAAGUACUCUACUCCUUCUUUCCCCUAUACUAGAAGUACUCUACUCCUUCUUUCCCCUAUACUAGAAGUACUCUACUCCUUCUUUCUCCUAUUCUACAAGUACUCUGCACCUUCUUUCUUCUAUUCUACAAGUACUCUGCUCACAGACAAACACAUACACACACACACUCACAUUGAAACACAUACACACAAAUAUACACAUACUCACACAUGCACUUACAGACACUCACACAUACACAGACAGACCCACAGACACACACACACUUACUGACACACACACAUACACUUACAGACACACAUACACUUACAGACACACACACAUACACUUACAGACACAGACACACACAUACACUUACAGACACACACACACAUACACUUAGAGACAAACACAUAUACACACAAAUUAUUAAUAUUAAAUAUCCACCCAGCCUCCCUACCUGGAGAGCUGGUGUGGAUCUGUCCCUGGGGUCCAGUGGGGCUUCACUUAGGCGGGCGGCUAAUCAGACGCAGCGAGGGAGCUCUAACCUCUCUGCUCUGCUCCCUCGCGGACUGUCUACGGAUGCCGGGAGCCGGAAUAUGACAUCAUAUUCCGGCUCCCGCGGCAUCAGCAAACAUCGCGCGAGGGAGCAGAGCAGAGAGGUUAGAGCUCCCUCGCCGCGACUGAUUAGAACUCUGCCAUGCCGGGGGGUCCAGAAGGUGGCCUGGCAGGAGGGAGCGCUUCCUCCUGCCGGUCACUGAAGACUUGCGCAUGCAGAGCCGCUCGCGCCCGCCCAAAAGGAGAAAUCCUCUUAAAAAGAGGAUUUAGCCUCAGAAAUCCCUACCGCCCACCUGGAAUCCUAAAACGCCCACUAGUGGGCGGUAGGGACCAGGUUGACGACCCAUGGUGUAGAGUGUGUCCUAUUUAUUUCAAUUUGGAUAUAGUGCAGAUUUCAAUAGAAACUGACACUUUUCUGGCUGUUGGAGUGGACUACAGGUCCUUUUACUUCCUGGUUUGGCUAGCUUAUUUGCACUGAACUCACAAAGCAGGAAUUGCCCAGAGCACCUGCCUUGCAAAGAUUUCUCAUUAAGCUGCAUUGGGAAGUCUGUGAUUGGACAGCCACAGAAAGUCUGGAGGGGUUUAGAAGGGGAGGGAUUGCAAAGGCUUCAGACCAGAGAAACACAGGUUUUGCAGGCUGUGUUUAGAUAUAACUCCAAUGAUAAUAUUCUUAAUUAAAUGCAUGGAUGUUUUCAUUUUAGCUGUAGCUAGUAAAGAGUGAAUUUUAUUUAUUUUGUAUUUUGGGAAGUGGAGUAUCCCUUUGAAGAACCUGUGCCAGCAUUGAAUGCCAUGUAUAUUUACAAUGUUCAGCAGGUACAGAUUUGUUGCUGGAUAUGAGAGGGAUUGUGAUCAAGCAUAUUAUAUUAUAUGUUAUAUCAUACUAUGGUUAAGACAGAAUUUGAUGAUCAAUUAAUUGUUGGGAAGCAGUAGUAAUAAAGUCAUUUUUAUGUUUUGCAGGCUAUGAAUUUUUUUUUUUUAUAAUUUUACCUACAUGUUUUUAUAGUGAAUUUGUUGCAAUAUAUAAGGUUCCUAAAUAAAAUCAGUUCUGAUAGUGACCUCUAGUGGUUAAAUAGUAGAAUUUGACAAUUAACACGACACUUAUUAUGUUGGUAUAAUUUUCUAUACAGAAAAUAAAAUAGUGGAUAGGCGCUUCACUAAAAUUAAUGGCAAUAUAGUAUGGAGUGGAUAAUUUUCUAUAUUAUUAUUUUAUUAUUUAUAUAGCGCCAGCAAAUUCCGUAGCGCUGUACAAUGGGGAUAUGUAACAUUACUUGUCUGGGUUUUCCAGAGUCAGCGUCACUCCUGAACCAUCUAUCCUAUCAGUGCCUCGACGCCUUCUGAUGCCAGAUAGUGACCUUCUUAAUCUUUUUACCAGUCUUGGUCCUUAUUUCAUUCUAUAAUGUCCAUAUUAUAUACCCAGCAUUAAUUCAUAUGAACGAGUAACACAACUCAAAUCCCCUAUUUAUUUGUACCCUUGCCUACAUGGGUACAGUGCCCUUUUAUGGCCUUAUCUGAACCAAAUAACAGGUUUUACUAGUGUUUCGGUUUGCCCUUGCUUUGUUCUUAUGUUUGAUAUUUCUUGACUUGCCUUAUCAGUAUCAUUAUGUUCAAGCUCCCAUUGACCUAGGCAUUUCCUUUGACUACAAUGUCCUUUUUUCGUCACAACCUAUUGUUUAAAUAAAGCCACAGUUCCAGAACGUACUGAUGAUAUUGAUUGAUCCUGGAAAGCAGGUGAUGGGUAGUAGUGUGUGUCCAUUGAAGUGAAUUUGCCAUUCUGAGUAGAUUUCAAGAUGGAUUAGAGAAGGGCUGAAAAUGUACAUUGAUCUGGUAAAGUGGUUGAUAUUGUGAUAUGGACUCGUUUUGUGACCUUGACAGUUCUCGUCAUUGCAGAAUCAGCUUUGGGGUGAUGGAGAGCCCCCAAAACGUUUCAUUGCAUGCCAGGGGUGUCUGGCCGCAACCACGGGCGAUUUCUGGGAGAUGGUCUGGCAAGAAAACAGCCGUAUCAUCGUCAUGACAACAAAGGAAAUUGAGAAAGGCCGGGUGAGUUAAAGCCUUUACUUUUACUCACAGUAACACAGUAAUCAUUCAACAUUCAUACUUACAAAAACAUAUUUUACUCCCAAUGACCCUAACACAUUAACAUGGUAAUAAAAUGUUCAUUAACUCUUAUAUACUCAGGAUAAUAAAUGUCCAUGUAUUCUCAUAUACUCAGGAUAAGAAAUGUCCAUUUAUUCUCAUAUACUCAGGAUAAUAAAUGUCCAUGUAUUCUCAUAUACUCAGGAUAAGAAAUGUCCAUUUAUUCUCAUAUACUCAGGAUAAUAAAUGCCCAUUCAUUCACAUAUACUCAGGAUAAUAAAUACCUAUUCACUCUAUUAGUCACAAUAACAAGCUUCUCUCUCUCAUAGUAACAUAUUUAUUCUGUUUACGAACAUUAAUACCUAAUUCUCCGUCAUAUUCAAAUAAACCCCUCACCUUAUUCUUACUCAGACCAAAUGUGUACCAUACUGGCCAGACUUUGGGGAAAAUGGAAAAGAUUUUGGAAGAUUUUGGGUUCAACUACUUAAUGAACACGAAGCACAGGGUUAUAAAGUCCGCACUCUGCGACUGUCUCCUCUGGAAAAGGUAAAUGUGACCCCUGAAUUAAGGGCACAAUCUGCCCUGUGUGUCUCCUAUUCCUGCUCAUACUGUUGCUAUAGUCAGGAUUAUUUUUGCAUUGCAGUACUGUUAAUUUGUUCAUUGGUAUGUUCCUCAGCCUGAUGCUAUCCGGGAUAUCAUCCACUACCAGUAUCUUACAUGGCCUGAUCACGGGGUCCCUGCAGACCCUGGCGGUGUCCUCAGUUUCUUGGGAGAAGUUAACCGCAUGCAGGAGAGUAUUCCCAGGGCGGGCCCUAUUGUUGUUCACUGCAGGUAUCCAAAACAUUUCCUACAGUCUGCUCCAUCAAAAUAAUUAUCCUUCCUGUAGUACACUGAAUGCUGACCAUAUAUUUCCUUUUUUCUAUAAAUGUGACCUUUAAAUCCUUACUGUUCUCUCUUUCCGCACAGCGCUGGGAUUGGACGCACUGGAACCAUUAUAGUCAUCGAUAUGUUGGUUGAUAUGAUUCAAAUGAAAGGUGAUAAAGCCUCACUCCUCUCAAAUAGUUAUCAAUUUUCCAUCUUCAUUUCUGUUACACUAAUACUUAUUCAUCACUAACAUCUUUUUCAAUUUUAAGCUCUUCCCUCAGCAUUCCUUUCACACAUUAUUUCCUCCAGGUGUGGACACUGACAUAGAUGUACAGAAGACCAUCCAGAUGGUGCGUAGCCAACGGUCGGGCAUGGUACAGACGGAUGCCCAGUAUAAAUUUAUCUACUUAGCCAUCGCACAAUUCAUAGACUCACAAAAAUACAAGAUGAAGGCACUGGAGGUAUGAGAUGCAUUGGGAAUUGUGGGGAGUAAAUGAGAGAUUUGGUUCCAGGGCAUGCUUUAAGCUUGGGAGACCAGAUUUAGAAUGUUGGGAACUUGUCCAUAGUUCUACGUGUAUUACGGAUAAAAUAUGGUAAUAGGGAUUAAUGUUAUACUUUCAAACAGGACUCAAAAGUCUCAGAGGCAGAGUACGGGAACCUGAGUCACACUCUAUCCAAGAUGAAGGUUGCCCGGACACCAGUAAAGUAAGAUGUGGAGAUGUGUAAUUAAAAUAGAUCUUUCUGGUCUUUUUGCAUACCUGUCCAACUGAUAUUUUAUUUAUUAUAGGCCACCGGAAGAGGGUACAGUUUAUGAAAAUCUAAAUGCUAGGAAAGAUAAGAAGGAAAAGGUUAAUAAGAAAACUUCUUCAGAGAGGGAGAAACCCAGAUCAUCGCUGAAAAAGAAGUAA